AUGUUCCACGAGCCCGGCUCCAACCAGGUCCUCAUCGGAGGCCGGGGGAAGCUGUUCCUCUUGACGUUUACGGACUCCGAAGUCACUCCGAAAGAGGUACAGAGCUUCAGGUGGCGCAGUUAAUCUGUGGAACUCGCUUCCACCGGAGGAACAGAUUGCCAGCAAUCGGAAUGGUUUUAAAAGAGGGUUACACAAAUUCAUGGAGGAGAGGCGCAUUGGUGGCUGCUAGGCCUGAUCGCUGGGCUCUGGAAGCAGUGAUGUUUCUAAUGCCAGUUGCUGGAAAACUGCAGCUAGGGAAGAGUUGCUCUUGAGUUCGAAUCCUGGUUUCCCUUUGGGGCAGCUGGCUGGCCACUGUGAGAACAGGAUGCUGGACGAGACGGGCCAUUGGCCUGAUCCACCAAAGCUCUGUAUGUUCUGAGGUCAAGGCUCAGAAGGGCUUGGGUUACUAGGGAGCACGUUUCUCCCUAGGAGGUAUCCGUGGUGCUGAAAUGAACAACCAGGGAAGGGAUGUACUGGUAGCUCAACUGUAGAGUUCUUGCUUUGGUUGCAGAACGUCACAAGUUCAAUCCCUGGCUUCCCCAGGCAGGGCUGGGAAUCUCCCUUUUCCGAAACCCUGGAGAAAUGUUCCCAGUCAUUGUAGAUAAUUAUUUAUUUAUUUUUAUUUAUUAUUUAUACCCCGCCCAUCUGCCUGGGUUUCCCCAGCCACUCUGGGUGGCUUCCAACAAAAGAUUAAAAAUACAUGAAAACAUCAGUCAUUAAAAACUUCCCUAAACAGGGCUGCCUUCAGAUGUCUUCUAAACAUCAGAUAGUUGUUUAUUUCCUUGACAUCUGGAGGGAGGGAGUUCCACAGGGAGGGCGCCACCACCAAGAAGGCCCUCUGCCUGGUUCCCUAGAACCUAACUUCUCGCAGUGAGGGAACCACCAGAAGGCCCUCGGUGCUGGACCUCAGUGUCCGGGCAGAAUGAUGGGGGUGGAGACGCUUCUUCAGGUAUACUGGACUGAGGCCGUUUAGGGCUUUCAAGGUCAGCACCAACACUUUGAAUUGCACUUGGAAACAUACUGGGAGCCAAUGUAGGUCUUUCAGGUGUUAUGUGGUCUCGGUGGCCGCUCCCAGUCACCAGUCUAACAAAACUUCCGACUCAGUAGAAGGCAAAUUCCUGGGUUCCAAUCCUGAUGUCCUCUUUCUCUUGAGCUGCAUCCCGGGACCAGCAUGGGGCGAAAUAGCCUCCUAGUUUUCACAGGGGCGUAGGGUUGGCGUCCCCCAGUUUCCUCACCAGGGUCUCUCUCCUUGCUCCAGGUCCCCCUGAAGGCUGAUGAGAAGGCAGAAAAGGACUGUAAAAGCAAGCCCGGAGCAGCGUGGGUAAGGAGUUGUGGGGACCUGGAUCAGUGCACUACAAAAUGUUUCCUAAGUAAGAGGAGACAAUGGUGGGGGGCGUGUCUCAACUCCCUGCCCCACUUGUGCUGCAGCGCCACCAGUGGCUGGAGGGGGUACUGCAGCGCUAGCAGGGAUCACGUGGCGACUCAAGGAGCCAAUAGGAUCCUAGCUGGCCCUAUUACGCUACCGCUACCGCUGACUUGGGUCUCAGUCUGUGCAAUGCAUCUUUUAGGGGCCACCCUGGCAGAACUCCCGGCCUCCAUGUUUGUUGAGGACCCUUCACAGAUGUUAAGCCAACAGCAGGCGCAGACCAUUGUGUAAAUCUCCUGGGAUCAGCACCUCCACAGCCAAUCUGGGCGCCUGUUUUGGGAUGCAUUUUGCAUUUUGCUGUAUAACCUACCCAACCCUUAGGGCUAGAAAGGCUGCAUUAAAUUAAAUAGUUGGCGCCCCCUAGUGGCAAGGAGGGCAUGGUUCAUCAACUCAUGCUUGCUAGAAAUAUGUUAUUUUACAUACACACCCAUAUAUAUAUAUAUAUAUACACACACACACCUCUAUUUCUUCUCUGUUUUCUGUAUCCUCCUCCCCUAUUUCCUAGAAGAAAGUUUUUGCUGUUUUGUUUUUUUUAAAAAAAUGCAUUUAUUGCACUGAAAAUGUUAAAUGUAAAUAUUUCAAGUGUGUGCAUGCAAAAUGCAAACUCAUGUUUUCCAGCAGCAUGAGGUUAUCAAUGGCAAGGGGAGGGUGGCUUGAGGAGAAAAGGGUAUUUCCCUACAACUUCCCUCCAAGAGAUCACUUUUUAACAGAGUAGAACUGUCCCCUGCUCUAACAAAUAUACAUUGCUGCUUUUAUUGAGGUUUGUGGGGUUUUUUGUUGUUGUUUUACAAAUAUCGAUGGAUCGGUUUUAUUGAAGCCACCUUGAAGGAUGCCAUGGAAGUGUGGGUCAUAAAUGUUAAAAUAAAUCAAUACGCUUCUGUGUUUUUCCUCUGCCCUCCCCAUCACCUUUCCUCAUAGGACGACUGCGAUAAUUUCAUCCAAGUGAUCGAGAAGCUGGACAACAAAAUGAUGGUCUGUGGAACCAACGCAGCUUCUCCCAAGUGCUGGUUUCUGGUGAGCUUGAGAAAUAUCAGAGUGGUGGAUGGAAUCUGCAGGUGUUUUGCCUAUUUUCAUUUCAUAAAAAUUACCAUAUUUUUCACUCUAUACGACACACCAGACCACAAGAUGCACCUAGUUUUUGGAGGAGGAAAACAAGAAAAAAAUAUUCUGAGUCCCAGGAGCCAGAACAGCAAGAGGGAUCGCUGCGCAGUGAAAGCAGCAAUCCCUCUUGCUGUUCUGGCUUCUGGGAUAGCUGCGCAGCCUGCAUUCGCUCCAUAAGAUGCACACACAUUUCCCCUUACUUUUUAGGAUGGCAAAAGUGAGUCUUAUAGAGCAAAAAAUACGGUAUAUGUUGUUUGAUUGGAGGUGGGGAAAUCUACCCUCAGAGCAGUUUAGAAAAGAAUAAAGCAAUGAAAUUAUCUGUAAAAACAAUUUUAAAAAACGUGGCAGGAAGUCACAUGAAAAUUGAGAGGCCGCGAGUUCAGUUGAUAUAUCAAAAUGCAUUCAUUUUUCUUUUUUGUCUCUUUACUCCAAGGUCAACACCACGACCUUCCAAACGGACAAGCAAGGCCGGAAUAUCACCGCCUCAGGGGAAAACAUCUCACCAGCAUCACCAUCCCAGAACGCCGUGGUCAUCACUGUAGGUACGGAGUAAGGAAAGGCGCAGAGGGAAUCUUCCUGGCUGGUUUUGUUGUGCUCAGAUUUUGGGUUUCGAAUGUUCAAACGGCAAAAUGUCUUUGUUAAGUUGUGGGUGAACGUAUCAGACGACACAGCGAUUCUUCAAACAGCUCUUGUUUGUUCACAGGCUAGAACAGAACUGAACUGAAGGGUUCAGCCAGCCUGCUUAUAUAGAGCUCCACUAGAACGCAACAGUAACCAUUUUCUGUAACUAUCCAAUCACUGAACGUCACUUUCAAUCCCUUAUUUGCAUAUGUGGACCUGUGUGAAAACUAUCUACAGUAUCCCCCUGGUGGCCCAGGGUGGGAACUUCAGUACAUAACAGUCUUGGUUCACAAAGGCAGGGCCCGAUUUAGGUUUGAUGAGGCCCUAAGCUACCGAAGGUAACGGGGCCCUUUAUAUGUCCAGCUGUCCUUUGUCCACAACAAAUUGUCACUGUUUUUUGUGUUGAAUAUAUGCUACAGUCAUACCUCGGGUUGAAGUAGCUUCGGGAUAAGUAUUUUUGGGUUGCGCGCUGCGGCGACCCAGAUGUAACGGAGCAUGUUACUUCUGGGUUUCGCCGCUCGCGCAUGCGCAGACGGUCAAAAUGACAUCACGCGCAUGCGCGGAAGUGGCGAAUCGCGACCUGUGCACGCGCAGACGCAGAUUGCGUUUGCUUCUGGAUGCGAAUGGGGCUCCGGAACGGAUCCCGUUCGCAUCCAGAGGUACCACUGUAUAUGGUAAUUGAUGGAUCUCAUAGGUAUCUAAAUCCAUUUGCACAUGUUGCCAUGCAGUCACUCCAUGCAGAAUGUAGGCACCCUAUAUAUAGAAAGGAGCAAACCAGUGAUACUUUAGGGAGCAGGCGGGGCCCAUGACUUACAUCCUAGGAGCCUACACAACACAAAACACUGUUGCUGUAUGUAGGUUUUAUUUUAUUUGCUUUUUAUCUUAUAUUUUGCAAAUGUACAUCCAGGUAUUUUUUUUCCUUUAAAUUUUUUGGGGGCCCCCAAGAAGUGAAGAAGGAGAGUUUGGAUUUGAUAUCCCUUUUUAUCACUACCCUAAGGAGUCUCAAAGCGGCUCACAUUCUCCUUUCCCUUCCUCCCCCACAACAAACACUCUGUGAGGUGAGUGAGGCUGAGAGACUUCAGAGAAGUGUGACUAGCCCAAGGUCACCCAGCAGCUGCAUGUGGAGGAGCGGAGACGCGAACCCAGUUCACCAGAUUACGAGACUACCGCUCUUAACCACUACACCACACUGGCUCCCAAGAGAGUGGGGCCCUAAGCUAUAGCUUGUUUAGCUUAUACGUGAAUCCGGCACUGUACAAAGGGCUCUUGUCUGUCCCACUAAUUCUUCAUGGAGUCAGUUGCACUGAUGUAAAACUCUAGUCCACAUGGUGGAAGAAAUAUGUAAGUUUGUUAGUGUGAUCACAAGCAUCAGGAGUCAGGAAGAAGGCAAGUCUAUGUUUCGGCUCUCAUAAUUUCGAAGUUUGCAAUGGGCGACUCACAUUUUUUUCUUCCCCGGCAUGUUCCAAUUUCAGAAGACACCCUUUACUCUGCAUUGUCUGGGGGGAAAAGCAGCAUCCAGAGAAGCUAUGGGAAGAAGAAGGGGCUGAAGACAGAAAACAGCUGGCUGCCCCGUAAGAAACUCUCUCUCGCUCUCCCAUCCCUUUGUAUAUGUCUUAAAACUCCUGGUUUUUAUUUAUAUUUUGGUUGGUUUGGGAUCAACCAGGGGCAGCUUACAGACCAUGCAUUUAAGGCAUGUGACUUCCCCCAAAGAAUUCUGGGAAUUGUAAUAUGUUAAGGGUGCUGGGAAGCAUAGCUCUGUGAGGGGCAAACUAUAGUUCUCACGACUCUUCUGCAUGGGAGAAGCUAUGUGCGUCAAAUGGCUUGGGGGUUUUUUUGGUGUGUUUUUUUUAAAGAUAUUUAUUAAGGUUUCCAAUAAAAAGAACACAUCAAUAAAAGAUUAAACAUAAAAACAUAAAAAGGAAAUACACAAUUCAAAAAUAAACAAUACAUAAUCCAAAAAAGAAAAAAAGAACAAAAAACAAAAGACAAAAAAGAAAAAAAAACAGUUAAAAACAAUAUCACCUUUUCAUCUCCAUUUUUAAAUUUACUUAUUUUCUGGACCUCCUCAUACCUCCCUCUUUUGUAUUCCAGUUCAAAUUGUUUGUCCAGCAAUUUCUUUCCCUCUUUUUUUAAUCCCAAUCUUUAAUCUUAAUAUAAUAUAACAUUAAAAUUUUACCUCUUAAAAACCAAGUUUCCAUUUCCUUAAACUUUUUUAGUCCUAAUCCUCAAUCUUAAUCUAUAUAUAACUUUAAAUCCUGUACAGCCGGAAGCCACUUAUUUUCAAUCCAACAUCACUCUAACAUUCUUUAAUUUUGCAAUGCUUCUGCAGAUAGUCUUUGAACAAAUGGCUUGUUUUUGAACAUUUGCUUUCACUGGCAUUUUUAGGAAUAUUUUAGAUAAACGGCUCGGAGGUUUCGGGUCAUUGGGCAGUAUGGAAAACCCGUGAAAUAAAUACAUUAAAAUAAAUAGAACAUCGUCUGCAAGUAACAAAGGCUGGGAGUGGAUAAGGAAAACACCAUUGGGGUCUCUGGCCUUUUGUAAUUCUGAGGAAGUGCUGCAAGUGCAAAACACAAAAUGGUUGCCGUGGAGUCUCGACGUAGCACAAAAUGGCUGCCCUGUUUAAGAGGGCAGGAAAUAGGCAUGGCCACAAAAUGGCACCCAUCAACCACCCUGUAAUAAACAAAAAUCUGCCCUUAUUCCCUUAUGGGGAACACAAGAGCCCUUAUAGAGUCCUUUGCAGGUUCUCCAUCGGUCGGAGAAAAGAACAGAGGCCAAGCAGAAAAUAUUGAGAAGCAAAGCAGCUAGUAAGCCUGAUCUUUAUUGAUCUGUUGCAACAGGGUGCCCCCUUCACACGCAGGAAAGGAGGAGGACCCAGAACAAAGGUGUGCAAGCCCUUAUAUGUAGACAUUUUAAAUUGCCCGCACUGGAGCUCAAGACCACCCCCUCCACCAGAAACAUCAUACAUACAUCACAGAAAGGGCGGUCUACAACAGAAAUCUGAGUGUGUUGUUUACCUCCUGUCUGGCAGGUUACCUGUUAAUGGUCACUUGAUUGGAUACCCUGGGGAGCCUGGCCAGUCUUUUGUAAUGAUAAAUACUUAGUUCCUGAGCCAGGUCAUAGGCUCACCCUAUUCAUACACAGACAAACCCUUCAGACAGGAUUUGUGAAGGAAAAGACAAUGGGGAGGUUUUCCCAUUUGCCUUCGACCUUGCAGAGAAAACAUUUGGUCAGUUUGGGAAUCAAAAUGGUUUCAGGGCUCUUUUCCUGUGCUGCUUCAGACAUGUGGUUUAUAUAUUUAUGUACAUGUUUGCUUGGUACAUUUAUGAACGUUUCUUAUAUAUAUAAGACCUUAAUUUUUUUAUUUCAGCCCAUCAAUGGGGGAAAGGCACCCACAUCAGCCACCGGCCGUGAUUGCUCAUAAAGCUAAUGUCUUUGCAGCUCUCCUCUGAAAUGCUUCUUCCCCCGCCAUUUUGAGAGCCACAUUUGUUUGCAGGUAUAUGUCCUGGUCCACAGACCCAAGGACAAACAUGGAUGGUACCACCCUUUCCCCAUCUCUCUGUCUCUCUUCCUAACACCUCUUUUUUGCUAGUCUGUUCCUUCCUGUCCCACUGGCUCUUAGGGGAAGUACAGUGGUACCUUGGUUUACAACCAUAAUCCAUUCCGGAGGUCCAUUUGUAAACCAAAACAGGUUGUAACUGUUAAGUUGUGGGUGAACAUAUCAGACGACACAGCGAUUCUUCAAACAGCUCUUGUUUAUUCACAGGCCAGAACAGAACUGAACUGAAGGGUUCAGCCAGCCUGCUUAUAUAGAGCUCCACUACAACGCAACAGUAACCAUUUUCUGUAACUAUCCAAUCACUGAACGUCACUUUCGAUCCCUUAUUUGCAUAUGUGGACCUGAACUAUCUACAGUAUCCCCCUGCUGGCCCAGGGUGAGAACUUCAGUACAUAACAGUAACCCAAGGCCCGCUUUCGCCAAUGGGGCCUCCAAAAAAAAAUUGUUCGUAAUCCAAAAAAAAAAAGGGUUGUAAUCCAAAAAAAGUUUGCAAACCGGGACAUGCACUUCCGGGUUUGACGUGUUUGUAAUCCAAAACAUAUGCAAACCAGACUGUUUGCAAACCAAGGUACCACUGUAGUGAUUGCUCUUGCUUAUGAACGGAGAGCUUGCAGAGGACAACAGGAAUAAUCGCUUGCAAUACAUGGCUGCCCAUCAGCUGUUGACUGCAAUAAUGGGGCCUCCAUGUGUAGAUCCAGUCUAUCCCUUGAGAAGGGCUCCUCUCGUGUGUGUUUUUCCGAGCACAGGUCCUAAAUACCAGUCGUACCAUUUCAAUUCUCUCCCGCCCCAGCAGGUGCGGAGUUUGUUGGUGCCGCCCUGCUGGCGGAGAAAGACCAGAGCAAAGACGAAAUCUUCUUCUUCUACAAUGAGGUCAACCAGUCGGCCGGGCUGGACGAGGAGCCUUACAAAGCUGGGCUUGGGCGUGUCUGCAAGGUUAGAGCAAGGCAGUGACGUCUGGGAAGAGGUUUCCACCUGGAGGGAUGGGGCGCGGACCAGUUACAUGGCCCGUGGGCAGGGGCUAGGGGGAGCUGUAGUCCCAGCAGCACCCGGAAGGCCGCUUAGACAAGUGCCGAGAGCAGGUCAGUAAUAACUCACGGUGUUGGUAAAGCUCUUUAUUCAAAGAGACAAGACAGCUCAGGAAGCCAGGCCUAGUGAGCACAGCAACUUGUCACAGUAGAACUUGCCCCUAUGAGGCAGUUGCGAGGACUAAAGGUCUCUAAAAGGUAAAGGUAAUGGACCCCUGACAGUUAAGUCCAGUCGCGGAUGACUCUGGAGUUGCGGCGCUCAUCUCGUUUUACUGGCCGAGGGAGCCGGUGUUUGUCCGCGGACAGAUUUUCCGGGUCAUGUGGCCAGCAUGACUAAGCCGCUUCUGGUGAACCAGAGCAGCGCACAGAAAUGCCGUUUACCUUCCCGUCGGAGCGGUACCUAUUUAUCUACUUGCACUUUGACAUGCUUUCGAACUGCUAGGUUGGCAGGAGCAGGGACCGAGCAACGGGAGCUCACCCCGUUGCAGGGAUUCGAACCGCCGACCUUUCGAUCGGCAAGCCCUAGGCUCAGUGGUUUAGACCACAGCGCCACCCGCGUCCCAACUAAAGAUCCCUGCCUUCCCACAAUUGCAUAAGUCUGUUCCUACCCCUGGGUCCUUCCCAAGCAAUCUGAGACUUCCUUGCCUUGUCAGUCUCUGCUCCACUUCAUCCCUCUUCUGGGAGAACUGGUCACAGCAGGAGGGGGAGAGUCCUUGGCAUACCCUCCAAACAUUUCUCCGAUGAAAAUGGAGACAUUCUAUUCCGUACCCUUCAGCAUUUCUCUGGUGAAAAUAGGGACAUCCUCUUCCAUACCCUCCAGCAUUUUUCUGAUGAAAAUGGGGACAGUCUUUUCCAUACUCUCCAACAUUUCUCUGAUGAAAACAGGGAGCCAAACAGAUGGUCUUCUCGGAGGUGGCGCCCGCCCUGUGGAAUGCCCUCCCAUCAGAUGUCAAGGAAAUAAACAACUAUUUUACUUUUAAAAGACAUCUGAAGGCAGCCCUGUUUAGGGAAGUUUUUAAUAUCUAAUGCUGUAUUUUUUUUAACACUCGAUUGGGAGCCGCCCAGAGUGGCUGGGGAAACUCAGCCGGGUGGGCGGGGUAUAAAUAUAUUAUUAUUAUUAUUAUUAUUAUUAUUAUUAUUAUUAUUAUUAUUUCCUCUUCCAUACCUUACAACAUUUCUCCGAUGAAAAUAGGGAUGUCCUAUUCCAUAGCCUCCAACAUCUCUCCAAUGAAAAUAGGCAUUUCCUAAGGAAAAACUGGACAUUACAGGAUCAAAUCAGAAACCAGGAUUCUGUAAAUCUCGGACUGUCCCUGGAAGAUAGAGACACUUGGAGGGUCUGCCCUUGCUUCUUCACCAGCUGGGCUCCUCUCUGUCUCCUGGCCCCACUCCCCUCCAGCCUCCACUUCUGCCUCGGAGUCUGGGCUGCUCUCUGCCACAGCCUCCUCCUGCUCACCAAACCCUGUUACCUCGUCCACCUCCUCCCAGUCUGCUCCCUGUGACCACCCGUUGUUGUUCCACCACCACUCCCUGAGCUCUGAGUCUUCUUCUCCAGCUGGUGCCUCCCUCCUCUCCUCUGAAUGCAUCCAGCCCGCCCAUGACAUCAGGUCUUCUGCCCUUCCAGGUGGACCAAGGCGGCAGGCCUGUCAUGGCGGAUUCCUGGAGCACCUUCCUCAAGGCGAGGUUGGUGUGUGGACACCCCACCGAGCCCAUGCGCUUCCACCGCCUCCAGGACGCCUUCGUCUCCAGGAAGGAGGGCGGUAAGGGCGAGACGGUGCUGUACGGCGUCUUCUCCAGUGCAUGGUGAGUUAAGGGCAGGGCAGGAUUCAACCCAGCUCCCAUAUCAAGGCCAGCCUACCUUAGUCGCAUUAAGUGCACUACAGUCAUACCUCAUGUUACGUCCGCUUCAUGUUACGUUUUUUUCGGUUACAUCGCACGGCGACCCAGAAGUACUGGAAAGGGUUACUUCCAGGUUUCACCACUCACGUGUGCGCAGAUGCACAAAAUGACAUCACGCGCAUGCACAGAAGCAUUGAAUCGCAACCCGCGCGUGCGCAGACGUGCCGCUGCAGGUUGCGCUCUUUUCGUGUUGCGAACGGGCCUCCAGAACGGAUCCUGUUCGCAACCAGAGGAACCACUGUAUAAGGUUUCUACCCUCCGAGAUCCUGUGCAACAGAGUUGGCAAAGUUCCCUUUUAAAGCCAGGAAGACAGGUAAUAAAAAAUUCAAUAAUACAUCUAACUUGUUAUAACUUGUUAUAAGAUGUUUGUUUCUUCAGCUUGUAAACCGCCUUGAGUAUUGUAAGAUAGAAAGGCGGUAUACAAAUUAAAAAUGAUGAUGAUGAAGAUGAUGAUGAUAAAGGCAAGGGCAUGCAAAACCUAAACAUACUGAAUGAUAACACCCAAUCUAAAAUCAUGACAUCCAUAUUUCUGUAGCCAGCAUGGGGGAGACACCUGUACAUCUGAAACUAAACUAUACGGAAUAAAAUACCACCACAACUGGGUAAAAAUGGCCUGAAUCUUCCUGUCCUUUAGAGACCCAUAAUUCGUGUGCUACUUUUUCCUGAAAUAAAUAAAUUCCAGAUUUCUUUUAAUGCCACAAUAAUUGAGUCUGAUUUUUUAAUGCCAUUUCCACUGUUGUGCUUCAGCCAGCAGCAUCUAUGUCAGAAGCUGCUUUUGACAAAAUGUCUUCGUCGUAUCCAUUCACAAACGUGCUAGGAGUAUUCACUGCAGAGAAAAGCCGAUUUUGAGUUUGUGAUUUUGUGCUUCCUGGAAUGGUCAGUCGGCUGUAAGAAUGACAUCACACCAGUGUUUUUGGUUUUUCCCCCUUUAGGGGUUCAUCUGCUGUCUGUUCGUACUCGAUGAACCGGAUCAGCAACGUUUUCAAGACUUCGAAGUUCAAAGGGGUCACCGGCCCCAUCCCUGUGCCCAGACCCGGCAUGGUAAGGUCAUUACUGGCCCUCUGGGUUUUUUAAAAAGCAGGAACCUUACUAAACAUCUUCCAAGACUAUAAUGUCCACUUGCACCACAAAGAACUCAUAACCCACAUGUUAAGUUGUGGGUGAACAUAUCAGACGACACAGCGAUUCUUCAAACAGCUCUUGUUUAUUCACAGGCCAGAACAGAACUGAACUGAAGGGUUCAGCCAGCCUGCUUAUAUAGAGCUCCACUAGAACACAACAGUAACCAUUUUCUGUAACUAUCCAAUCACCGAACGUCACUUUCAAUCCCUUAUUUGCAUAUGUGGACCUGAGUGAAAACUAUCUACCGUAUCCCCCUGCUGGCCCAGGGUGAGAACUUCAGUACAUAACAGUAACCCAAGACACUGGAGAGACCUGUCAGGAGUAAGCAUGGACCAAUGGUACCAAAUAGUAUGGGAAACAGCCUUCCUAGAAAAAUUAACCGAUAAACUGAAACUGACAUGGGGACAAAUAGAAGAAGACGCCUUCACCCCGGUAUGGCUCCCUUUUAUCACAUACACAGCCCAACACGACAAUGACAAAAAUCCACCAACAGCAUAUGAAUCAAUAUGGCUAACCUGAUGCAAAACACCCACCCACCUCACUCACACACGAAAACAAAGACCACCACAGCCAACCACAAAUGAAUAACCACACCCUAGGCCAACCACAUCCUAGGCCAACCCCAACCUCUCUCGCCACCAAAGGAACACAAGCGAACAGCAAAGAACCUGCACAAGCAACGCCGACACCAAACCCUACAUAUAGUAAGUAAAAUAGAAACAUCGCCACCCGACCCCACCCAUCUUUCCCCCUUUUCUUCCCAAUGUCUCAACACAUGAAACUGAUUUGUAAAAAAUGUUACACGGGGGGAAAUCAUAGAAUAGAAUCAUAGAAUCAUAGAGCUGGAAGAGACCACAAGGGCCAUCGAGUCCAACCCCCUGCCAAGCGGGAAACACCAUCAGAGCACUCCUGACAUAUGGUUGUCAAGCCUCUGCUUAAAGACCUCCAAAGAAGGAGACUCCACCACACUCCUUGGCAGCAAAUUCCACUGUCGAACAGCUCUUACUGUCAGGAAGUUCUUCCUAAUGUUUAGGUGGAAUCUUCUUUCUUGUAGUUUGGAUCCAUUGCUCCGUUUCCACUUCUCUGGAGCAGCAGAAAACAACCUUUCUCCCUCCUCUAUGUAACAUCCUUUUAUAUAUUUGAACAUGGCUAUCAUAUCACCCCUUAACCUCCUCUUCUCCAGGCUAAACAUGCCCAGCUCCCUUAGCCGUUCCUCAUAAGGCAUCGUUUCCAGGCCUUUGACCAUUUAGGUUGCCCUCCUCUGGACACGUUCCAGUUUGUCAGUGUCCUUCUUGAACAGUGUCCUUCUUGAAUACAAGAGAGAGACAUUGCACACACUUUUGUAAAUCAAGAAAAUCUUUAAUAAAAAUAAACAACCAAAAAGCAGGAAUCUUUAUUUAUUUAUUUUGUACAAAAUGUUCAUUUCUCCUACACACGCGCUGACUUAUCCCCGUCUACCUUUCUCUCCUCCUGCUCAGUGUGUGCCACCAGAUGGUCACCCUCCGUUGCCCAAAUCUACCCUGACCUUCAUUAAGGACCACCCCGAAAUCGACUCGGUCAUCUACCCAGAUGAAGAGCACCCCCUCUACAUCCUCCAGAACAACGACACGUACACCCAGGUGGUGGUGGAUAGCGUGCAGGAUGCUGCUGGCAUCUCCCGCGAUGUCCUUUUCCUGGGAACAGGUGAGCUUGGCUGGCGGCCACGGAGGGGAGACCAGGCUUCCGGCACCACACUCUUGCUCUGUGGAACUGCUUGUCCGUGGGGAUCAUCGUGCUAUAAGAAAAAAAACUUCUCCCUUUCCCUUAUGGGGUGUUGUAAAAAAGAAUACUGCUCUUUUUCCCCUUAUGGGUACCCAAGAGCCCAUAUAGAGUUCCCUAUUGGUAGGAGAAAAUAACAGAGGCCAACCAGAGAAUAUUGAGAAGCAAAGCAGCUAGUAAGCCUGAUAUUUAUUAACUGUUGCAACAGGGUCCUCACUCACCACACGUAGGAGGGAGGAGGAACCCCGAACAAAAGUGUGCCUGCCCUUAUACAGUGGUACCUUGGGUUACAUACGCUUCAGGUUACAGACUCCGCUAACCCAGAAAUAGUACCUCGGGUACUAGAACUUAGCUUCAGGAUGAGAACAGAAAUCGUACUCCGGCGGUGCGGCGGCAGCAGGAGGCCCCAUUAAAGUGGUGCUUCAGGUUAAGAACAGUUUCAGGUUAAGAACAGACCUCCGGAACGAAUUAAGUACUUAACCUGAGGUACCACUGUACAGUAUUGCAGUGCUUUAAAUGCACAGAGUGAAUGUGGUCUAAUGCUGAGGAAGAGGAAACCGACAACUCUCAGUGGUGUGUUAAGGUCCCAAAUUCAAUCCCUGGCAUUUCCAGGUAAGGCAGGGAGAAAUUCCUGCCAGGAAACCGCAGAGGGCCACAUUGCUGGUCAAUGUGGACAGGACUGAGGUAGAUGGAACAAUGAUCUGACUCGAUAUUUAAGGCAGCUUCCUAUGAACACAACUUCCGCCUCUCCUUCUCUCGGUGCCGCAGCAAAAGGGAAGAUCCACAAGGUGCUGAGAAGCAAAGACCAGACGGUGAUUGUUGCUGAGCUGAGUCCCUUCAAGAAGGAAGCCCCUGUCUCUUCUAUGAUCUUGGACGACGAUUCGGUAAGAGUGCAGAUAAGUGGCACAGUUGGGCAAGUGCAAGAAUAUUUUCUCCCCUCCUUACUCCCCAAAACUCAAAGAACAGACAGGCAGAGUUGCUUUUUCCAAAAAAAAGAAAAUUUUUUAAAUCCCUUUCUCAGUGAUCCAUCUUAGUUUCCCAAACUAGGGGGGCAUCUUACGGUCCUCUCUUCCUUGCAAUGGGUGGGGUCCCCUUCAGGCAGCACUUUCCCCUUUCUUUCUCCGGCCGUUGGCUCUAAUCCGUCUUCUCUCCGGCAGGGCCACCUGUACGCCAGCACCGAGUUCGAGGUGGUGCGCCUGCUGCUGGCCGACUGCGACCAGUACAAGGAAAACUGCUGGAAGUGUAUACUGGCCCGUGACCCAUAUUGUGGCUGGGACGGGGAACAGAAGACCUGCUCCGCCGUCUCCCAGGACACUAACUCCACUGGCAGGUCUGGCCCAGAAUCAAAAGGGGAAAGGAAAUUUGGGGUGGCUGAUCCUGAUAAAUCGACUUUCCAAAGCACCUCCUCCCCAUCGUCCGCAUGUUGUUCAGUCAAAUUGCUGCAUUUUCCUGUGAUGUUGUAUACAAUUGGACGCGGGUGGCGCUGUGGGUUAAACCACAGAGCCUAGGGCUUGCCGAUCGGAAGGUCAGCGGUUCGAAUCCCCGCCACAGGGUGAGCUCCUGUUGCUCGGUCCCUGCUCCUGCCAACCUAGCAGUUCAAAAGCAUAUCAAAGUGCAAGUAGAUAGAUAGGUACCGCUCCAGCAGGAAGGUAAACGGCGUUUCCAUGCACUGCUCUGGUUCGCCAGAAGCGGCUUAGUUAUGCUGUAUGCAGUGGCGUAGUGUGGGUUGUCAGCACCCGGGGCAAGGCAAGUAAUUUGCGCCCCCCUAACCCUGGAUUUUAGCACUGAUUUUAGCACUGCUAAAAGUGUUGCGCCCGGUGCGGCCGACCCUCCCUGCACCCCCCACGCUACGCCACUGGCUGUACGCCAGCUCCCUCGGCUAAUAAAGCGAGAUGAGCGUGGCAACCCCAGAGUCGGCCACGAUUGGACCUAAUGGUCAGGGGUCCCUUUACCUUUACUGUUACCUUUACCUGCAUCCAAUUAAGUGAUACUCAAAGUUGAUCUAUUGAAACUGAUGGCCCCUCCAGACUAGUGGGAGGUGGGGAGGGUGUUUGCAAGGGUGUUUGGCAAAAUUGCAUCCCAAAAACGUGUACAUUAGGAAGAAUUUGCACUGAAACCCUGCUAAAUUUUCAUGAGGACUUUUUUAAAGAAAAGCACAAGCUGAUAUGGAAAUGUGGAGAGCUGAACUACGGCGUGGAAAAGGGAGAUAUGAAAACAAAAUUGACAUAUUUAUCCAUUCUAACUGCUGGUGCUUGGGACUAAGGAAACCCCAAAACACAAGGGUGGAGCUGUCGCCUUCACGUGCUGCUUUUAUACUUCUUUGAAACAUCUCUUUGGCCACUGUGGGGAACAGGAUAAUAGAAAUCAUAGAAUUGUAGAGUUGGGGUGGAUCUACACACAGGAAAAACCCACUAUAAAUACAUCAAAAAUUAGACCAUUGUAACAAAGGGGGGGGGGAACGCUAUGUUAGAUUUAUUUAUUUUUUGCUGUCCAGCACCAUCAGGGCUAGAUCUAAACACAUCAAAGAACUGUUUCAGUUAAACGCAUUGCAAACUUUGUAUGAGAAAUCAGGUUGGCAAAAACAGGACUCCACAGCGCCAUCUGGCGUCUCAGUGUUAGAAUGCAUAAACAAAACAUAUACAGUGGUGCCUCGCAAGACGAAAUUAAUUCGUUCCGCGAGUUUUGUCGUCUUGCGAUUUUUUCGUCUUGCGAAGCACGGUGUCGGGAAAGUUUUGGAAAAGCUUCAAAAAUCACCAAAGUCUUUAAAAACCUCAAAAAAGGCUACCACACCGCGUUCUAUGAGUUGCUCCUCGAAGUCAAGUCGCAACUGUAUUAACGGUGUUAAGAAAAAGGAAACAAACUUGCAAGACGUUUCCGUCUUGCGAAGCAAGCCCAUAGGGAAAAUCGUCUUGCGAAGCAGCUCAAAAAACAAAAAACCCUUUCGUCUAGCAAGUUUUUUGUCUUGCGAGGCAUUCGUCUUGCGAGGUACCACUGUAAAACGUUUUUUCUUUGCCAAUGUAGCUGAGUCCCUGGUCUUGCACGUUUAUGAUGCAUUCAAAACGUUGUUUUUUGACUAACGUAGCUGAGUCCCUUGGGACCCAGUCCAACCCAUUGGUUUGUUCCGGCUGGGCUCUUCUUACACCCGUAUGUUUCCUUCAACAGCUUGCUUCAGAACCUAGAUUCAUCGAGUACCGCUUCCAUGUGUGAAAACGCUGAAGGUAAGACGAUGCCACAUAAAAACCUUUUAGGCCUGUGGAUGCGAACGGCUGGGUUGGGUUGUCUUUAAGGGUCACAGAUGAUGGGGAAAUGAAAAGCAUGGGUUUCUUUUUACUUGAGGCUUCUUCCAACCCUCAUCUCCCUGAACCCUCAGAUAAUUCCAGCACAGUUUGAUUGGGCCAAGUACUGAAACAAUUAACUACCAAAGACUUCUGUCUGCUGCUGAUUCCAAAGGGCAGGACUAGACCUAGGCUGUAUUCAGAGGGGGAGAAUAUUGCAUUAGUUUUCCUGAUUAUAAUGCUAGUGUUUGUGUCCCAUUUUCUAAUGUUCCUUGCGCAGAGCAUUCAGUGCAAGGUGUUCGACUAAAUUACCCUUCAGGUUUCUUUCAACUUUGCAGCUCUGUGAUUCUACACAGUACCUGUUGCGUUAUGGAACCGUGGCUUAUUGAUCAAUAUACCAGCAUUUUAUGCUAAAUUGCAUUCACACCAGUGGGCGUGAUAUGAUACAAUGAAUGCCACUGAACAACACUAUUACACUUGCAUCCUUUCUGUUUCUCCAUGGAAACCUCAGGAAAGAACUGAGUGCUAACAUACUGCCCCACAUUUGGUCACUUUACUCCUGCAAUCUUCUGGGUCCAGUGGGUUGCAAAAUGAGCUUUUUCUGGAAUUAGAAAACAAGGAAAUGAAUGCUGAGCACAUGCUAUAUUCCAUUAGGUUUCCAUUAAGUGGCUUUUACAUCACAUGAAAGCUCAAAUAUAAUGGGGAAAUGGAAUAAACUGCUGUUUCAAUGCAAGUCCAUUGGCCUUAAGUGAUGCGAGGCUUGGUUUCUGUUAAAUGUCUUGAUGGUAAGUGAAGUUCUACAUGGGUGCCAAUUCUCUAGAACAGGGAUUGGGAACCUUUAUCCAACUGAAGGCUGCCUUUCUGAGGGCCUUCUGGAGGAGGAGUCUUAGUUGAACCUGCAAACAAACCUAAAAUUGGUUUCUCCUCUGUUUUUUCUCUUUCUCUCUCUUUAAAUGUUGACCCUUGAAGAAAAGUUAGCCCAGGAGGCUCUCAAGAAAGUGAGUGUAGAUCCCACUGGCUACAUCUACCUGCCGUGCCCUCUGCGGUCUCACCACGCCAUCUACACCUGGGUCAAAGAUGACAAGACGUACCCAUGCUCCAUGGACGAACAGUCCUGCACCCUCCGUUUCGGGGAGAGCACCCCAAUGGACCAAGGGGUCUUUAAGUGCACCUCCAGGGAAGAAGGUUACCAAGAGGAAAUCACAGCCUUCAAAGUCACCCUCAACAGCGGCCGGAUCCCAGAGGUCUCCGUGGCUGUCAUGGCUAUGGGCAUAUUGUUCCUCACCAUAACAAUUCUCUUGCUAUAGACCAGGCUGCAGAUCUCUUCACACACUGCCAACUAAUUGUCUGUCUGUCUGUCUGUCUGUCUGUCUGUCUUUGAAAACGAAACAAGGGGCACCAAAUUAUCCCGACCCACCUGCCCAGUCCUGAGCAUUGGGCAAAUCGCACCCAAUUCAGCAAAAAUGGAUCCAUCAUCCAUCAACUUUCUCCAAGUCCACCAUUUCAUCCCACACACACAAAAAGAGAAUUAAUUCCACGGCUCCCAAUUCCAGAAUAGCCUUUUACUAGGAAAUACUGAGAGUCAGAGGAGAAUCAAGGAAGGCAAGACUUGUCAUUGAUUGUUUGAUUUUUCCAUUCCAGUACGAUUACCAAUGAAAGAAUGUUUCUUGAGCCAUCUUGGACUAAACUCUGGCUCAAUCCAACCCUGCAAACCAUUUUGUUUUCCCAGUGGCCCUUCCCAACUUGGGUAGAGUUUACCCAGAGUUUAUUUCCUUUUUUUAAGCAAACCAUUUUCCAGUAAUGAAAAGAAAUGCACUCCACACUUUAUUGUUACAUUUCUGUUCUAGAUUCUGGACAUACGUAAUAACCCAAGGCUUUGUCUUGUUGCAUGAGCUACACAGUCUGCGAAAUCUUUACUGCUAGAAGGCAUGGGAUUGAUUUGGGUUCCAUGCCCAACUCUUAAGAAUUGGGACUUCUAUGUAGCAAAACAGCUUCUGGGCCUAGGCUGCCAUUUUGGAGCAAAUGUUGGCCAAACUUCUGCCUUACUUCAUAAGCUGGAUGCCAAAACAGCUGUCAACAUCUGCCAGAACUCAACUGCCUGUGUGUUUGAAUUCACCCGGAAGCGGAUUAUCUCAAAAAGAUCAAAAUUGGACGCUUUUUGCCGUCGUACCCUCACGCCAAUGAUUCCUAGCUUCUUUUUCCAGUUUGUCAGUGUGCAACGCCCAGGCUAUAUAAUGUUUACAAUCCUAACAGUGCAUGCAGUUAGUGCAUUUUAUAUAUAUAUAAAAAUCAGUGGGAAGGUUCUGCAAAGGAGCAAAAGGAAGAAUCCAGUUAUGAAGGAACGCAACCGUAGGUUGAUGACCAGCUGAAAGUGGAGAAGGGGUUUGGGGUUUCAUAAUGCAUAAUGAACUGAACCCAACACAAGAGGGACGAAGCCUACAUUUGGGUGGUGUUGAUCAUGGCAUGCUGUUUCCCAAAAAAACUUGGGAAUUGAAAGAGAGGAACCAGGAAACUUCUAAGAUAACUGCGCCUCUGCCACAGCGGUGGAUCGUAUGCCCACGAUGCCCGGGGCAGGUGCAUGGGGUGCGCCCCCUUCACAAAAUUGCAACUGGGGCGACAGACCCCACAGACCCUCUACGCUACGCCUCUGCUCUGCCCACAAGUUACUGGGAAAAUUGGCUUUUAAAAAGAGAUUCAGCAAUUUCUGGACAAUUCCUGUGGUGGGGUUCAUAUUUUAGGUUGAGAGGCGCCAUGUCUCUGAAUGUCAGCUGCUGGGGAGAUGGGCAAGGAGAGUCCUGUUUUUGGGCUCCCCAGAGGGAUCUGGUCGGUUCACUGUGGGAAAAGGGCGUGGACGAUGGUGUUAGGACAGACGCCAGGGAUGCUAUUUAUUUUAUUUAGCAAAAUGUAUCCGCCGCUUGAUUGUAAAUAGAACCUCUUAAGCGGUUUGCAGAAAAAAAUAAAGCGUUUAAUAUUGUCAAUAAAGUGCAAAGUUUGAAAACAGUUUUUUUGAACAAAACCAACAAAUGUUCCUAUGUUCCCAGGGUGGGUGCAGUGGUUAGAGCGUCAGGAAAGACCCGAGGUUCGAAGCAUGCUUCAGCGAAUGAUGUUCACUGGGUGUGACAUGGGGUGCCAACCUCACAGGGUCGUUGCACAGGGGAGAGAACCACAAACGCCACCUUGGGAGGGGAAAAAGGGGGGCUAUAGAUUUGAUGAGUAAAUAAAAUGAUUUAACACUUGCUGUGGUUUUAACUCUUUAUUUUUAUUCUGCGCUGGGCAUCCAGCCACACUACUCAGAAAAGACCUAUUGAAAUGAAUGGGACCUUUAAUUGCAAGGGGAAUUUUACGUGUUGGGCACAAUCCUAAUAAUACCGAUGAGCUCAUAUCCGUCUCACACACCCUAAUUCCAAAACCAUUUGCUUUGUAGAUUCAGGUAGGUAGCCAUGUUGGUCUGAGGUAGGCGAAAUAAAAAAAAUAAAAUAUUGUCCAAUAGCACCUUAGUUGGUCUCUAAGGUGCUACUGGCCAAUUUUUUAAUUUAUUAAUUUCACAUGCUAUGUGUGUAACCAUGGCAACCCGUAGGCCCAAUUUUUCCCCGCAGUGCAUUAUGGGAAGCCAGCAACGGCAGCCUCCUAUGGGCGCAGCGCAUCAUGGGACCACUUCUGAGCCACCUGUGACGCCUCAACAGUUACACCUGCGCGAGAGGACGACGGUUAAGGCUCUCUUCCCGCCCCUCUCCCCCUCCCACUCUCGGGAUUGGCUGCCGUCUGGACUUCUCCUUUGCCUAUUGGUCGGCUUUUAUAUUCUCCCUCCUCAGGCGCCUAUCCCCACCCUCGCUCACACCUCUACCCCUCGGGCGCUUUGCUUCUUCCUAAUUGGCUGCUGCCACCUUUCUCCCUCCGCCCCCAUAGUAACUACGACCCCUCCUCCUGUUGCCUCAGAAACUCAGCACCGCUCUGCCUAUUGGUCGAGGACUCGUUGGGAAGAUUGUGGGCGGGGCUUCUCCUCGCAGCGCCCUCCGGCCCCUGGUGCCCAAUGAAAAUCUCCUCUCCUCCGCAAUCGCCCAAUUAGAACGGACUCCUCUCUUUAUCCCCCUCCCUCUCUGAGGGAAGCGUCGAAUUAGAAUGGUUCGUCCGUCCCGCCUCUCCCUCCCAGCAUCUCGCCCAAUGACAACUGUUUCUCCGCCCUACUGCUUGUGGCCGCUCCCCUCGGCCAAUGAAGGGCAAGGGGCGCGGCUAAGCAGCUGCUACGUAAGCGGGAGGGAGGAGCAGCCUGCGCUGGGCGUCGUCAUUCUCAUUUGUAUUCCGGCGCGGAGGAGAGCGGAGGGCUGCGGGGAGGCGCUCUGGAAGGUCUCUGGGGGGUGUCGUCGUGGGGAGGCAGGGGGAGGCCAGGGCCUCUGGUUUUGCUCAUUUCACUGCCAGGUUUAAUGUAUUUUAACUAAAGGCAACGGGGAGGGCAAGCCUUGCAUUGCAUUAUUUACAUGCACAGCUUUUAAUUUACAUUUUCAUUCAUUUUUCCUACCAGGCUUCUAUGAUCUUCUCAGAGCACAGGAUUCUGCGUGGGCUUUAUAUAUUUUAUUAUCUUAAAAAAACCCAAAUGAGAGAUUAGGAUUCUCUGCAGAUGUGAUUUUUUAUAUAUAGCAAGCUAAUGGGUUUUGCUGGGAGAAAUUUGAAAGGGCAAGGUUUUCCAUCUAUAUCUUAUUCUUUAUUUACUUGCUAAUAGGUCAGCUGGGAGAAAUGGGAGCGAACCAGGAUUCUGCUCGAAUUUCAUUUACGUUUUUCCGUUUUAUUACCAGGUUUAGAUUAUUAUCUCGGAUUAAAACCGGAGAGCAGGAUUCUGUAUGGGAGUAUUCAUUUCAUUUUAUUGUCAGGUUUAUAUGUCUUAACUGAGAGAAAUAAGGAGGACAGGGUUAUCUUUGUGGGCUUUUAUUUACUUUUUCGCUCGUUUUCUUGUCGGGUUCAUAGGAUUUUCUCAGAUAAAAACAGGUAGGCCAGGAUUCUGUGUGAGUGUUACUUGCAGGUUGAUAAAUUUUAAAUGGAGAGAGGGAACCAAGGCCUUGUUUACAUGUACUUUCAGUGUGUCUACUCUUGAGUAUUUCCUUCAUCGCCUAUCACACUAAGAAUAGCAGAGGAACACACCAUAUAUUUAAAGCACAUGACUUCUUCCAAAGAAUCCUGGGAACUGUAGUUUUCUUUUGACAUAGUAAACCGCUCUUAACAAACUAAGGUUCCCAGCAGUCCUUGCUGAAACUCAGGUGCUUUGUAUAGAGUCAAUAUCCCCACGUGUGGGGUGGCUAAGAUUCUGUGUGCAUGUUGUCUAUAAUUUUAAUUAAUUUUAUUGCCAAGUUAAUAUGUUUUACAGCAGAUACCUAUUGAUUCGCAGAAGGGAGCCUGUUCCAUAGGCUUUACAGAAAGGCCCGCUGUCCAUUGCUGGGAGAUGACUCUCUAGGCUGAGUGUAAUUAAUAGGUGCUAUAAUUUUUUUAAGUGUUUCGGGAUACAAGCAACGUAUCAGACAUUUUGAAUAAAGUGGGACGCAAAUAUUUUCUAACCUAUGAAAAAGAUCGCAUCAUUUUUCUUAAAAGCCCUACAUUUUAAUAAUUACUUGCACCUAAUUUUCUCCUCCAACAGAAUACCCCUUUCCAAGAAGCCCCCCAAAUAGCUACAUUGAGGGGGUUUACCAAAGCCCUCACAGGCUGUGGCUGAGAAGGGCUCUGUGUGGGGUUGGGGAAAAAGUUGUGUGUUGCUGAGCAAAGAGCAAAUUCCAGAAGGAUAGAGAUGUAUGUCAUGUAUCUUGUGAUUUCAGCAAACGUUCCAAAUGUUGGACCAUGGCUUUUGCGUUGUUUUCAAUCCCUCAGCUCUGGGGUCCUUUAAAUAAAAAAGCAACAGCAGGCAUUUGGGUUAAUCACCGCUGUUUGCACAGAGGUUCAGAGCAAUGGUGAGGCAGCAGCUGCAACCAGAUGUUGCGGGGUUGCACCUCUCAUCUGCAACUGAUGGGAGCUGUGUCACCAGUAUAUGGAGUUCCCAAAGGCCCACCCCCUUUUGUGAUGCAGGGGCUUGCAUGUAAAAAAAAACAAAACCCUCCCUUGCCUUGCUAAAACAUUUCAGGGUGUUGGUAGUGACUCAGGGACACUGGUGGGCAGAAGCUUUGGAGCAUAUAGAAGAAAACGGGCUGCUGUGUAGGGUGUGUCCUGAGCUGUGGAACUCACUGCCACCAGAUGUCGCGAGUGCCACAGACUUGGAUGGCUUUAAAAGGCCAUCAAGCCAAUUCACUGUGGAGGGGAAAUAAUCAAGACAUUGGUCAUGAAGGCUAGGCAAAAUGUCCACAUUCAGAGUGCUCGCUAUGUGAAUUCCACUUGCUGGAAUGAGGGGCAAAAACAGGGCUGUGCUUCACGCAUUGCUUUUGCAGUUCCCAGGGUUAUGUGGUCUGGCCAUUGUGGGAGACAGAAUUCAGUCCUUCAUUCCAACCCUGCAAGGCUCUUUUGGUCUUUAUGCUAGUUAGGAGUGGAACCUCCAGAUACUGAGGCAGUAUACCUGAGUGUUAGAUGCUGGGGACAUAGGAAGGAGAAAGGAAGGCAAUCCUCAACCCGUGUGUGUGUGUGUGUGUGUGUGUGUGAAGCUUCAUGGGAACAUGCUGCUGUGGGCGGGGAAAACCCGUGUUUCACCCUGAGGGCCACAUUCACCCUUCGGAAACCUUCGAAGGGCCGCUUGCCAGUGGUGGGCAAGAACUGGGUACGGGAACUGAUGUAACUGGUUUCUGCACCCACUCAAGAUGCCGCAAUCCUUCAUCCAGAGGCAUGCUCAAGAGUUCAAGGGAACUUUAAAGUAAAGGUAAAGGGACCCCUGACCAUUAGGUCCAGUCGUGGCCGACUCUGGGGUUGUGGCGCUCAUCUCGCUUUACUGGCCGAGGGAGACGGCGUUCAGCUUCCGGGUCAUGUGGCCAGCAGGACUAAGCCGCUUCUGGCGAACCAGAGCAGCGCACGGAAACGCCGUAUACCUUCCUGCCGGAGUGGUACCUAUUUAUCUACCUGCACUUUGACAUGCUUUCGAACUGCUAGGUUGGCAGGAGCAGGGACCGAGCAGCAGGAGCUCACCCCGUCACAGGGAUUCGAACCGCCGACCUUCUGAUCGGCAAGCCCUAGGCUCUGUGGUUUAACCCACAGUGCCACCCGCGUCCCUUCAAACUUUACAGCCAGGCAAAAAGCAGAAAACCCUGGGUGCAAAACAGGGCCAUAGAAGGGUAUGGCUUGGGGGAAUUUAUGAGGGCCGGAUGCAGGGGUCCAGAGGGCAGCAUUGGGUUCCCCAGGCCUGGUUAAAUGGACUCUUGGCCUGUUCUGCCAGGAGUGGGUGGUGGAAGUCAGCCCUGAAAGUGCCUUUCUGAAACCACAUUGAUUCACACACCCCCUGGCUUGGCUCGGCCAUCCUCUUUGAAACACAAUACCUGGCACCUUCUCCGUUUCUUCCCUUCUCCGAGGUGGGGAGGGGAAACCUCCGCCCGGGACAGCAAGGUUGGCUGCAGGCGGCUCCAGGCAGCCGUCCAAACCCUUGAGAAGCAAAGUCAUCUUUCAGGCGUCCGACCGGGUUGCUUCCACCGUGGAGCUGCGGUCCCUGUCUGGCGGAUCCCGUCUGCUGCUUUGCUGCUGCUUCCCUACGGGGCGAUGUACUUGGUCGGCCUCUCCCAAGGGGAGAUGCAGCUGAGGAAAUUUUUCCCCUUCCCGUUUAGGGCACCUCCGGCAGGGGCCAUGGCAUCCGAGAAGGGCUCCUGGAGCAGUCUGACCACGCUGCAGAAGGUGGCCCUGGCGCUCGGGGUCCCCGCCAGCGGGGCGAUUCUGUACAUCCUGUACCGCCGCUACCGGGAGAGCCAAGGUGGGUGUGCACCCUGGGCCGGAGGGAAGCGCGGCUGUGCGGCCGGCAUCUGCUGCGUGGGUGGCACUGGGCUGUGAACAAUCGAUCGCGCCUGCCUGCUGUAUUCCUCUCCUGUCUGUGUGCGCUGCCCGUUCUGGGAAAGCUUCCAGAGCCGCUUCUGCGUUCGCUUGACACUUGCUGCCAUUUCGUACGCGCAUCCCAUAUUGACAUCUUUCCGCCCUUGGGCUCGGGUGGAGGGCCAGGUCGUUGGUGAAACCAGAUGGGUGGCAAAUGCAGCUUUUAAGUGCUUUCAUUUUUUUGUUGUUGUUGACAUCUAAAACGCAUACAUAUACAUUUACACAAUACACGUACACGACACACUACUUUCAUAACAUAAAACAUACCUAAAUUACUCUAGAUAAUACCUACCUAUACUAUACAUAUCAACAUACCUACACGCCUACCAUCACACAGACACCCACCAAGUGACUUGACUUCCAGCCGUUCUUUUUAUGCUACUUUAUUUUUCCAACUAGCUUAAACGCAUUUCAUUAUUUCUUUAAUCUCUUCUUUUAUCUUAACUUUACUCUCCUUUCACUCUAAUCAUUUUCUGGAUUCACUCAGUAUCUGUCAGAAAUUCUGCUUUUUCCACAUAAAUUUUGAUGUAUUCCUUAAAGAUAACCCACUCCUUAUUCACUUUUUGUACCAUAUCUCCUCUUAUCUUCCCUGUUAGUUCGGCAAUAUGGAAGUAUUCCAUCAUUUCAGAUAACCAGUCUGUUUUAGUUGGGACGCUGCUGCUUUUCCAAUUUUUGGCAAUCAACAACCUUGCCGCCGUAGUUGCAUACAGAAAUAUUUAUGUAAGCUUUUAAGUGCUUUUAGCCUAUUCUUGCUUGGAAGUUGAGUCCAGGUGUGUUCGGUGGAGCCUCCUGACUCGCCACAUGGCACGUGUUGGGUCAGAACCAGGAAUUCAAGGACCCCUUUUGAAAUCCCGGAGAGAGCGUGGGCUGCUUGGGUGCUUGCUCUCUGCUCUUCCAACUUACUGGUCUCCUCUUCCCUCAUCCCAGCAAGGAAAGUGCUGGGUCUCUAUAGACAGGUUCAUACAGAAUUGGAGAGCUGGAAGGAACCCAAAGAGUCAUUGCAAUGCGUAAGCGUUUGUUUUCUCCUCUCGAAAAGCACUAUGCUGUGUCAAGGAGAUGCUGUGAUGGCUUGCAACAGAGGGAAAGCGCAGCCGCCAUGUGAAUUAUUAACAGUACUGUACUAAUAAAAAUUGGCCGGGUUCACCGUUCCCCAUCCUUAUUUUCUAGCCUGCUCCAUGGGGGUAGCAGUGUUGGUCAAGAAUAUUACGGGAGCCUUUAAUAAUAAUAUUUUUUUAUUUAUACCCCGCCCUCCCCGGCCAGAGCCGGGCUCAGGGCGGCUAACACCAGUAAAAUUACAAUCAAAACAUAAUAGGGGGGGAAAGCAAAUUUAAAAUACAGGUGGAUCAGGCCCAUCUAGCCCACAUCACAAGGGCCAACCUAUAAACAGGCCCUCAAAAGCAAGAGCAACCCCCCGCCGUGGUUUAUGUCCAUCGGUAUUGAGCCUUGCCGCUUCCAACCAUGGAGAACAGAGUAUAACAGCCAUGGCCAGCAGCCAUUGAUAGGGAAUUCCUCUAGUUCUAUAAUACAGUGGUGCCUCGCAAGAUGAAAAGAAUCGGUUCCGCGAGUCUCUUCGUCUUGCGGUUUUUUCGUCUUGCGAAGCAAGCCCAUUAGCGGUUUAGUGGAUUAGCGCUCUUAGCGGGCUUAGCGGAUCAGCUGAUAAGCGGCUUAGUGGAUCAGCUGAUAAGCGGCUUAGUGGCUUAACGGAUCAGCUGUUAAGCGGCUUAGCGGAUCAGCUGAUAAGCGGCUUAGCGAUCAGCUGUUUAGCGGCUUAGCGGAUCAGCUGAUAAGCGGCUUAGCGGCUUGGGAAAAAGGGGGGGGGCGGAAAAAAAACCGCAGGAACUCGCAAGACAUUUUCGUCUUGCAAAGCAAGCCCAUAGGAAAUUCGUUUUGCGAAGCACCUCCAAAACGGAAAACCCUUUCGUCUAGCAGGUUUUCUGUCUUGCGAGGCAUUCGUUUUGCGGGGCACCACUGUAUCUUGAGAAGAUCAGGCCAAAGGGAGCCCUUCUGACCACGCAUCCUGUUCUCACACCGGCCGGCCAGAUGCCCCCAAGGGAAACCCCAAGCGGGACCCCCAGUACAGCAGCAUAUCUCCCCACUUGCUGUUCCCGGCAACGGGCAUUCAGUGGCACCAUGCCUCCCGCAGCGGAGGUGGCGCAGAGCCUUUGUGGCUAGUAGAUGGGCAGGUCCCUGAGCUCUUGAGUGGGCAGGGAGGCCGGCCACCAUCUCUUCCCUGGGGCGAUGGCCUCACGGCUGCCGAGGAAAAACAGCUGCCUCAAAAAUGGGGGGAUGUUUUGGGUCCUCAUCGCCCUGUGUGUCUGUUGUCUUUCUCCCUGGCUGGGGCUUCCAGAGGAGCGGGUGACGUUUGUGGGCGAGGAGGAGCUCCAGGUGGAGAUGAAGGUCCCGAAGGAUGCCGUGAAGCUGCUCAUCGGGCGCCACGGAGCCAACGUCAAGCAGGUAGGUUUGCUGACUCCUGGAGCCGUGUGAAUUCGGCGCUGCCCUCAGCCCAACAGGGAGGGAGAAAACGGCGCCUAGGGAUUGACCCCAACACCUCUGGGUUAAGGCCAGGAGUCCCCAACCCGCUGCCCAUGGGCAGGAAGUGGCCCAUGGAGGCCGUUUAACUGGCCCACGAGCCACCCCCGAACCGAGCUGCCCGCUUGGCGAGUCCCUGCGUACUGUGCUAAACCGGCUGGGCAGGGACUCUCUUCCGCGGCCCCAGAAAUCACUUCUGCACAUGCCCAGACACCGGAAAUCAUGUCUGCACAUGUGUGCGGUGCCGAAAAUCGCUUCUGCGUAAGCGCGAUUUUCAGCAUCUGGGCAUGCGCAGAUGCGAUUUCCGGCGCUGCGCUGGUCCGGACCACAGAAGAUCUCCGUGGUAGUGAUCCAGCCCAUGCCCAGUAAGCCUUGCUGACCCCUGGUUAAGGCCCUCGCCGGGUUACUGUUCCCCAGAGUUCCCCACAAAGGGGGGAUCUGUAGUGGCAGGAAAGGGUAGCUAUAUGAGGGGAGCAGCGGGGGUUUCCUAACAGCUUGCUUAACUGCAGCCCCCAGGAUUCUUCUGAGGUAAGGCACGACUCCUUAAAUUGGUAUUGUGGUGCUUUAAAUGUUUAGUGUGAAUGCAGCCUUUGUUUCUGCAUCUCCUUGCAGAAAUCAGCAGGGAAGAGGAUAUUGGGACCAGGCUAGAAUUAUUUAUUAAGGCUAGAAUUAAAAGAAUUCUGGGAGCUGUAGUUUCAGGGUGCUGAGGGAAGUCAGGAGGCGCCCUAUUACACCUUCACAGAGCUGCAGUUCCCAGAGGGCUUUAAAAACCCCUCCGUCUUCUGGGAAUCUAGCUCUGGGAGGGAAAUGGAGGGGUGUCCCCUAACAACUCAUACCACUCUGAACAACCAACAGCUCCCAGAAUCCUUUGAGGGAAGUGGCGACCGUUUAAUCCUCACGCUGGUGUGAUUGGGGCCUCUGCCGCCGUCUAUAAAAUUGGAUGAGGCCCCCACCAUAGAGGCUGCUGGGAACCGGACACACUGCAACCCAGCCCGGCCAUCACUGUUUUGGAGAUUGCUGAGGCUGAAGUGCCCCGUCCCCUCUCUCCGCAGCUGCGGAAGGAGACCCAGGCCCGCAUUGACGUCGACGUGGAGGAUUCUGGCGAGGAGCGCCUGAUCCGCAUCUGUGGCUCCGCUGUCCAGGUGUGCAAGGCCAAAGCCGCCAUCCACCAGAUCCUGGAGGAGAACAUGGCUGUGACGGAAAAGAUCCUUGUGCCCCAGCGUGCCGUGGGGCGCAUCAUUGGUAAUCCCUGUUCUGCGUCCUCUAAAUCCCUCAAAACUUUCUUGCGCUUUGCUUUUUUUUUAAUAUGCUUUUAAUUAAGUUUUCAUUUCAUAUACACAAACAAAAUACACUGAUAUUUCAUAUCCUUUUAUAUCUAUCUUUCUUUUCGCUCUACAGAGCAUUGACUUCCCUCCCUCCCUUCCGUAGGUUUUCUUAUUCCAAUCUCUGAUCUGCAGUUCCUUAGUAAUAUCUAAACCAUGUCAUAAGGUUUAUUUCCCUGCUAACAUCUUCAAAUUUCUACAGUUCUCACUUAUAUAGUUAACAGGGCAAAUAUUUUGCAGCCCGUAGAUUAGCUUCUUUCGGCCUAUAUAGUUUGUUGUUAUUUGGAGCAUUUGGUGCCCUCCGCUUCAGGCAUAAAGGCUCCAGGAGUGGUUUACAUAUGGUCAAAAGAAGACAAUCCCUACCUCUGAGCUUGUGAUUUUUUUUUAUUAUUUUUUUAAAGGACAGCACGCAAGGAAAGAGGAACUGGGAGGGUAGAGGAAAACAAAAGCCAACGCUCAGGCACCGAUUUCUAAACAGCUGCUCCAAUAACCAAAUGGGCCUCCGGCGAAGCUGAUGGAGGGAGCCUUCCUCUUCCAGUCUCUCCCAGUGCUGCAAUGGAGGUCCCCUCAAGGGACGGUGGAGGGGACAGGACACGAUCCUUGCAGUUUCUGCUAACCUUUUCUCGUCCCCCAGGCAGGGGCGGGGAGACAGUGCGAGCCAUCCACCAGAGCACAGGGGCCAAGAUCGAUUGCGACCGCGAAGGGAGUUUUUCGCUCACCCGCCAGAUCACGCUCUCUGGGACUCGCAAGGAGGUGCUGGCAGCUAAGGUGAGCCCCCUGCCCUGCUCCCCAGCUGCUGGCGUCAUUCAAUGAGGUUGUGGUGGGCGGCCCCAAUUCAAUCUUGCCAUGUGCUGGGAUCCUGGCCCCGAGGAGGCCUGCCUUACACCCUAUGAAACCGCAGGCAUAACCUCCUUUCUGAGCAGGGGGCCCAACCCCCCUUCCAAAGAAUCCUGGGAAGUGCAGUUUAAGGGUGCUGGGAGUUGUAGUUCUGUGAGGGUUAAACUACAGUUUUGGGAUUCUAGAGGUAAAUAUGUGGUGUCUAUGCCAGUUCUGUUUCAGAAAGUGGCGCUGUUGGAUUUUUCGUUUUUAUUGGGUGGGGGGGCGAGAAGCUUCUGUGUGAAACUCAUUUCCUUUUUUAUAAUUAUUUUUAUUAGUUUUCAAUUUUAUUAGUUUUUCAGUUGUAAUUGUAAUUAAAUGCAAGUUAUUUCCGAGGCUGGGUUUUAUGGUUGAGGAUGGCUGCUACUAUACUGGGCUCCUUGUUCCUUUUUUAAAGAUUUUUGGUUCCUUGUAUGGCAGAGGUGAGGAAGUUUCAUUCAUUCCUCUCUCUCUCUCUCUCUCUCUCUCUCUCUCUCUCACACACACACACACACACACACACACACACACUAAUAAUAAUAAUAAAUAAUUUAUUAUUUAUACCCCACCCAUCUGGCUGGGUUUCCCCAGCCACUCUGGGCGGCUUCCAACAAAAGAUUAAAAAUACAUUAAAACCUCAGUCAUUAAAAACUUCCCUAAACAGGGCUGCCUUCAGAUGUCUUCUAAAAGUCUGGUAGUUGUUUUUGUCUUUGACAUUUGGUGGGAGGGCGUUCCACAGGGCGGGUGCCACCACCGAGAAGGCCCUCUGCCUGGUUCUCUGUAACUUUGCUUCUCACAGGGAGGGAACUGCCAGAAGGCCCUCGGAGCUGGACCUUCUGAUCGGCAAGUCCUAGGCCUCUUCAGGGGUGCAAUUCCUUGGCCAGCCAGGCUGCAAGCUGAAUCGGGACCCCUGAAAUACGUUGGGAGCCAGUUCCGACUGCAGCCUGCCCUAGACAAAGGGAACUCGCACCCGGCCCAUCAGCAUCAUUUGCUACUCUUCCAAAUCUCCCAUAGAAACUGAUCGCGGAGAAGGUUUUGGAGGAUGAGGCCUUCCACAAGAAACUCUCGCACGCGGCUUUGGCCCGGUCCCAGCGGAAGCAGCCUUUGGGCACGAGGAAGGAGGACGCUGGCGGCAGCGGCGAUCGAAGGGGAGAUCUUCCUUGCACCGGAGAAGCUUUCCAUCAGCCGCUGGGGACCCCACGCCAGGAAGGAGCCGCUGGGAAGUUCCCAGAAUAUCCCCCCGAGGAGCCACAGGAGCUGAGGAGCGAAGGCGGCUCCUCCGAGGAGUCCUUAUCAGAAACCUCUUGCCUGAGCUAUGCUUUUGAAGGUAAGUGGAACGAGGCAGCCUUUAUAUCUCUCUUUAAAAUAAUAAUUUCCCCUUCCCCUCCUUUGCUGUUGUCCAGCAAGCCCAUUCAGAGGUAGGCUGCCUCUGGAGCUGGAGGUUCCAUUUAAUUUUCAACUGUUGGUCGGCUUCUCUGUCAGCUUCUCUGAUCUCUUCCUUGACGCUUUAGAAGCCAUCUUAAGAUGGUGGGCAGCCCCAUACCUAGGAGCGCUGAGUUCAUUCAGUUGUGAGGACUAGAAACCUUCCCCCCACACAAUAUAAUUUUUAUUGCGUUUCCUUCAAAUUAAAGAAUCAGAAAUCAGGAAGACCUAAAUUUUAAUAAGGAAUGGGGGGAAUUUAUAACUUAUCUCAAAGACCAUUGUAAACAGUUGAAAUCGUUGGAUUGGAAUAUCGCUUGUAGUUUAAUGGUGAAUUUUGGAUGCAAUGGAGAGACAAAAGAUUUGGAUUGUAGUCGUGCCUUGGAAGCCGAACGGAAUCCGUUCCGGAAGUCCGUUCGACUUCCAAAACGUUUGGGAACCAAGGCGUGGCUUCUCAUUGGCUGCAGGAAGCUCCUGUGGCCAAUCAGAAGCCCUGUUGGACGUCCGGCUUCCAAAAGAACGUUGGAAAACCCGGAACACUCACUUCCGGGUUUGGGAGCCAAAAUGUUUGAGACGCAAGGCAUUUGAACAAUUUCCAAGGUACAACUCUAUUAUAAAAGAUGCAGGAGGAGAAAAUUAACAAUGUGACCCACAAAGGGGAGGAGGGAAUUCCAGAGAUUCCUUUGAAUCUUGUUUUUAUGUUGUAUGCUGGACAUGUGACUAAAAUUUUAAUCUGAAAAACCAAAUAAUUUUUUUAAAGAAAAUUAUAUUGUUUCAUGUAUUGACUUCCCACCUAGGGAUGAUGAUUAUGAUGAUGAUGAUUCUAUUUCUAUAACUGCCUAGUCCAGGCAUAGGCAAAGUUGGCCCUUCAGACGUUUUUGGGACUACAACUCCCAUCAUCCCUAGCUAACAGGACCAGUGGUCAGGGAUGAUGGGAACUGUAGUCUCUACAUCUGGAGGGCCGAGUUUGCCUAUGCCUGGCCUAGUUGUUAGAUUGGUGCGCAUAGAUGUAUACAGCUGUAGAAGCGACUGUUACCUUUGACAAUAAAUAGUUGAGACUCUGCCGUGUACUAACCCUCUUCCAGAAGGUAAUCAUGAGGACUAGUGCCCUUUUUUUGGUAGGAUAGGUUGAAAUAGAUUUCCCACAGCUGCAAUCUUACCUGAUGCUGGGGCUCCUGCGGAGGUGCCAUCUUUGGGGUGUUGUCUAGGGAGGAAGAGAUGGGGGGAGGGAAGCUAUGAGUUAGACCCUGACCGCUCCAGCCAUCCGCUUAGACUCGCAGCGGUUCUCAACCUGUGGGUCCCCAGAUGUUGUCGGACUACAACUCCCAUCAUCCCUGAGCUCUGGCCUUGCUAGCUAGGGGUGAUGGGAGUUGUAGUCCAACAACAUCUGGGGACCCACAGGAAAGGCUGGUUUAGAAAGAGGGCCGGUCUUCUCCUUACUUUCUGCCUCCCGUGUCUUCAGUCCCCAGCCCGGAUUUCAGCUUCCACGCCAAUGAGCACCUGGAGGUCUACGUCUCGGCCUCCGAGAGCCCGAACCACUUCUGGAUCCAGAUUAUCGGCUCGCGCACCUUCCAGCUGGACAAGCUCACCCGCGAAAUGACUCAGUACUACGACAGCGGCCUUUCGGUGAGGAUUUGUGCGGCGGGGGAGGCCCCUGGCGUGGGGGAGAGGAGGGCACCCCCUUCGUUCCCUCGCCCACCCGGUCUGAACUCCGGGUCCUUUUGCAAUGCUAGUGUGUGGGUGUGCGAGGGUCCCCUCCUAGUGCCUCUGUCCCUCAUGUAGCCUUCUUAGACUUUACCGACUGGUGGGGUCUGCGUUGCUCCUGGGAGGGAGAAAGGAAGUCAAAUGACACUGAGGUUGAUUCAGAGAAAGAGUUUAUUCUGCUCUCCGGAUAGCAGAAGGCACUUGCGCGGUCAGUUCACAGCAAGUCCAAAGAAAUGAGAGAUUCCACUCAGUAUAUAUCUCCUCCAGGCACCCUCUCCCCCCUUCCCCAGGAAUCCAGCCACGUAAGCUUAUACACGUAAGUUGACUUCACAGAUGUUCCUGUUCCUGUACUCCUAACCAUAAAAGGGUGUUCCUGUUCCUGUAUUCCUUAUCUUGGGGUAAGAAGGGCACCAACUCUAAGAGCACUCCUGGAGCCGUUCCCGGGUGGCUGACAAGGUCUGUGCGUCAGUGUGGUCAGGAUGUAAGAGAAGACCCAGAUGUGUCAUCCCAGCUCCACUUUGGAACUGACAAGGCCAUUCAUCAGGCGUCACGGACUGAUAGAGGAGAGAGCUCUGUUUAUACAGCUGGGUUCCUGUUACACAUUUGCUCAAGAGCUCAAGUUAAUGGUGUUUAGCUCAUGCACCCUUGGAGAAGGGAGAAUGGGAUUUUGGGGCCUGUUUCAGACUGACUGCACAGUCAGAUUUUAGAUUUGGGAAACCCAUUCCUUCACUCAGGCUCCCCAGCCGGAACCCCUGAAGGUGAACGUGGGGGACAUCGUGGCCGCCCCGUACCCCGAAGACGGCGCCUGGUACAGGGCCAGAGUCCUCGGCACCUUGGGCAAUGGAAACAUGGACCUCUACUACGUGGACUUUGGUGACAACGGAGAGGCUCCUUUGGAGAAGCUGCAGCCGUUACGGUGAGGGAGGAAAGAGGAUGACACCUCUAAUCUGCGUCCCGAUUCCUGGGUGUUCGGAUGCUCCUUUUAAAAGCAGUUUUUUCCUCCUAGAAAGUAAGGGGAAAUGUCUCUGCGUGUUAUGGAGCGAAUGCCUACGGAUGGCGGGGGAAUCUGCUGCAGUUGUGAGCAGUCCGUGGCUCGCUUUGAAACAGCAAAGCGGGUGUAAGCGGCUCCUGUCAGCCAGCGGAGCCGGGGAGGAGGGAGAGAAGCAGAGCGGGGUUGCCUGCUUUAAAACAACCCCGUGCUCUCUGUCCCUGCCUGCAGUUUUUUGCUGUCCGAUAUUGGAUUAACCACUGUAGGGGCUGUGUGUGUGUGUGUGCUUGAGCUAUCGUUCUCCUCCUCCUGCUUCCCGUUCACUCCCCCAGCGCCCCAGCGCCCCUGCAACUUUAGGAUUGAUACUCUGUGUGUCUCUGUGUGUGUGAGGCAUCGUUCUCCUUCUCUUGCUUCCCGUUCACUCCCCCAGCGCCCCAGCGCCCCUGCAACUUUAGGAUUGAUACUCUGUGUGUCUCUGUGUGUGUGAGGCAUCGUUCUCCUUCUCUUGCUUCCCGUUCACUCCCCCAGCGCCCCUGCGACUUUAGGGCGACUUUAGCAUGGAUCCACAUGGAUCCUCAGGAUUUUUGCAUUGGGCUACCCCAAACUCACCGUCAGAUCACAUGUCUGUGGCCACAGCAUGAACCACAAAAAUCAUACAUCCAUUGUUUCGUUUAGAAUAUUUUUUUCUUGUUUUCCUCCUCUAAAAACUACGUGCGUGUUAUGGUCUGGUGCGUGUUAGAGCGAAAAAUACGGUAAUCAACUAACCUGUUGGAUAUUAAGAAGUGCAUUCAUUUCUGUGGCUUCAUUCAUUCAUUUCAGGCUUCCUCAACCUCAGCCCUCCAGAUGUUUUUGGCUUACAACUCCGAUGAUCCCUAGCUAGCAGGACCAGUGCUCAGGGAUGAUGGGAAUUGUAGUCUCAAAAGAUCUGGAGGGCCGAGGCUGAGGAAGCCGUGGUGUAAGGCAUUGUUAUCCUCCUGUUUAGGCUCCCCAGAGCAGGUUGUGAAAACCCGACCGCAAGAGACAUCCGCCCCGCUCAUUUAGCACACCCUUGCACCAUUUUGAACAUGAAAUUUAUUACGGUCAGAGACUAGCUUGAGAAACACAAAUGGAACAAUCCCAAUAGCAAAACAAACAUUUAAAACAAUCUACAACAAUGGAUUUUAAGUUUAAAAGUGGGAUAGGCAUAUCAAAAAAGACCCCUGACCAUUAGGUCCAGUCGUGGCCGACUCUGGGGUUGCAGCGUUCAUCUCACUUUACUGGAUGAGGGAGCCGGCGUACAGCUUCCGGGUCAUGUGGCCAGCAGGACUAAGCCACUUCUGGCGAACCAGAGCAGUGCACGGAAACGCCGUUUACCUUCCCGCCGGAGCGGUACCUAUUUAUCUACCUGCACUUUGACGUGCUUUCGAACUGCUAGGUUGGCAGGAGCAGGGACCGAGCAACGGGAGCUCACCCCGUCGCGGGGAUUCAAACUGCUGACCUUCUGAUCGUCAAGUCCUAGGCUCUUUGGUUUAACCCACAGUGCCACCCGUGUCCCAGCGAUAGGCAUAAAAACUUUAAAAUAGACUACCUUAGAGAAAUGACCCAAAGUCGCCCGUGGAUCCGGGUUUGGGAAUUUUCUUAACAAACUAGAUUGAACUGGGGGGUGGUCUGCACCUACAAAUCUGUGUGCAGAAUCUGGCGACAAUUCGGGUCGUCUUGUGGCCUUUGCCUAACAGGAGAAGAUCAAAUUUUUGCUUUACCGGGAGGUCAGCAAGCCUCACCAGCAGGGGGUCAAUGGUUUCUCUACGUGUCUCAACCCUUGCACCACUUUUAAGAAUUGUGCCUUUCCCCCUAAGGAACCUGGGGACUGUAGCUUGUUAAAGGUGUGGUUCUGUGUGGGGUCCCCCUGACGACACUGGGCACCCUUUGCAAACCGCAGUUCCUGGGAGGAACCGGGACGGGUCUGGAGAGCGCUUUAAACAUCUGCGGCCAGACAUCUGUAGUCUGAAAAGGAGGAGAAAUGGAAGGGGAGGGAAGAGGAAGAAGGCAAGCUCAGACCCCGGGUCUUAAGGGGAAACGAUUCCAGGUAGCCUGAUGGAGCGGCUGCUGCGAGGCGACUGGUCUGUCUGUGUCGAAAGCCAGAUUGGCAUCUCUUGGGAGCCGAGCGGGGAGGAAUUUCUCCUCCCCUAGUGCCAGCAGUGGCAAUUUUAAUCUGAAAUCUUAGCCACAGUGCUUCACCCGGAGCUUAGAAACUGCUCGCGCUAAUGGAAUUCCCUGGUGGCUAAGUAUUGGAAAGGGAAUCAGUUACCCACUAGGGGAGAGUGGUUAUGUAAGCUUUCAGAAUAUUUAGAAUUAGCCAAAUUGACAGAUAUAAUAAGACAAAAACCAAAAAGUGAAGUGAAAAAGGAACGGGAGUGUCCAAAUGAAUACCUUAAAAGCUGAGGUUUGAGGACAGAAAUCUGGCUGAGUCUGGAAUAACCUUGUGAAGUGAAAGGAUAAGAAAGAGGGAUUUGUAUCUAGAUGCUAGGAUAGAGAUGAUAAGGGAAACAGGAAGACACAAGGAGAGAUAAAGGAGGUGCUGUGGGAUUGUUGGAAGUCAAUGUUUGUUUUUCCUUUUAGUGUUUAUAUUACGAACUUGUAAGAUGGAUUUGUGUUUUUUUGAAUGUUGUUUUUUGUGUUUUGUGUACUGUUAUUUUUCGAUAUUUUUCCUGUUGUGGUUGUUGUUUGGAAAAUACUAAUAAAAUUUAUAAUAAUUUUUUAUUUUUUUUUAAGUGGAAUUCCCUGUUGCCAAAUGCGCCUGGAGCAAUGGGAGUUUCGACCGCUGCCUUUGUGGUGGCGGCGGCCAGUCCUUUGGCAGGCUGUGCGUUUAGCCCCCCCCCCCCGCUCGGCACCCCCAAAGCAAGAGGAAUUGGUCCCCUUCUGAAGGUUUAAGUCCUUUCCCCGCUGCUGUUGGCUCUUUUAAAACCGUGCACCAAGGCAUCUGGGAGGGUUGUUGUUCCCUGGAAGUAAGCAUAAGCCCCUGUUUAAGGCCAUGGUGGUGAAGACCUAUUCCCCAUCUUCUCUUCUCCCAGGAGUGACUUCCUCAGCCUCCCCUUCCAAGCGAUAGAAUGUGGCCUUGCCGGAAUCGCUCCAGCGGGUGAGUUGCAUGCUGAGGAACCACCAGCUUGAGUCUUCGUAGGCUCAGACACAUCCACAGAGGAUAAAGAAACCCAGAAUCUCCAGUGGGUACAGAAUGCUCCUUACGGGGUCCUCGCCACGGGAUCACAUUCAUCCAGUACUUUACCAACUGCAGUGGCUCCCGGUGGAGUACAGGGUCAGGUUUAAGGUGCUGGUUUUGACCUUUAAAGCCCUUUGCGGCCUAGGACCCUCGUACCUACGGGACCGCCUCUCCUGGUAUGCCCCGCGGAGGACCUUAAGGUACACAAAUGACAACACUUUGGAGGUCCCAGCUCGCAAGAUGGUUAGAUUGGUCUCAACUAGGGCCAGGGCCUUUUCAGUACUGGCCCCGACGUGGUGGAACGCUCUGUCCCAAGAGACCAGGGCCCUGCGGGACUUGACAUCUUUGCGCAGGGCCUGCAAGACAGAGCUGUUCCACCUGGCCUUCGGUUUAGACUCAGUCUGACCCUUAUGUUGCCCUCCCCUUAUGGUCUUGAUCUAUCGGCUACUUUUAAAACGAGGCUGCAUUUUAAAUUGCAUUUUAAUCUGUAUUUUAAAUUGGUCCCCCCCCUUUCCCCCCCCCAAUAUGUUUUUACUGUGCUUUUACUGGUGUUAGCCGCCCUGAGCCCGGCUCUGGCUGGGGAGGGCGGGGUAUAAAUAAAAUUUAUUAUUAUUAUUAUCAUUAUUAUUAUUAACGGCCACCAAAGCCUACUAGCCGCAAUGUUCUUCCUCCACUCUCAGAGGUGAAUCGCUUCUGAAAACUAGACGCUGGGAAUCGCAAGUGGGGAGCGUUGCUGCCACGCCUGGGUCCUGUUUGCGGGAUUCCCAGAAGAGGCAUCUGUUUGGCUGCUGUAAGAACAGGGUGCUGGAUUGGGUGGGCCUGAUCCAGCUCAGAUGCUCUUAUGUUCUUAACCAAGUCGUCCUGCAAAGCAGGCCAUGGAACCAGGAUAUACAGGUGAAACUCAAAAAAUUAGAAUAUCGUGGUAAUAUAUGAGAUAGACUCAUGACAUGCAAAGCGAGAGAUGUCAAGCCUUUAAUUGUUAUAAUUGUGAUGAUUAUGGCAUACAGCUGAUGAAAACCCCAAAUUAACAAUCUCAAAAAUUUAGAAAAUUAAAUGAAAUCAGCAAAUUGCAAAUAGAGCAAUAUUGGACCUCUGAGAAGUAGAAGCACGCAUAUGUACUCAGUACUUGGUUUGUGCCCCUUUUGCAUCAAUUACUGCCUCAGUGCAGCAUGGCAUAGAGGCUAUCAGCCUGUGGCACUGCUGAGGUGUUAUGAAAGACCAGGAUGCUUCAAUAGCAGCUUUUAAGCUGAAUUACUGAAAUAAAUAAACUUUUCCACGAUGUUCUAAUUUUUGGAGAUUCACCAGCAACAUGCUGUUGAUAAAGACAAGUCCAGUCCACCCUACUAAAAGGUGUCGCUGCCCCUAGGAAGUGACAGUCAAACUUUUAGCCGAUAAAGAUCUACAAAUUACAUGCCUGGUAGUCAAAUUUGCUCUGGCAGCUAAGAGGCUCCAUUCCAGCUCCGUUGAUGCUUUCUUCCGUUCUGUUGAUGCUUUCUAAUUUUAAAACUUUAUGCUGCGAAUUUUUAAUGCUGUAAAAUUUCAUAGGCUAUGCUGUGUGAUUUCAGAAGAAAGCCUUGCUCUUGCCCUCUGCUGUUUGUUGUAAAGGCCUCCGGCUAUACACUUUUUUCAGCCAAUAAAAACAGGGUGAGCUCCCAUUGCUCAGAGAAGGAAACUUGAUUGCCAAAGGCCUGAGUUAAAAGGCCGCAGACUGGCAAGGACGGUGCCAGGUACAUCUGCCCGAGCAGAGCAUUCCUAGGGCGCGAGGGUCCCACCACCAAUAAUGCCCCGUUCUCGUGUUGCCACCCUCCACGCACUGCUUGGUUUGGGGGCGCACAGUUUUAAUCUGGCAGGGAUCCCCCUUCCAGGGGAGACGCGCUUAGGAUGGGGCUGCUUGACCUUGAUGUCUUUUUGCUUCCGUGUCUUGAACAGGAGAGUCUUGGUCCGAAGCUGCGUUGGACGAGUUUGACCGCCUCACACACUGCGCCAAGUGGAAGCCGGUGCUGGCGAAGAUCUCCAGCUACCUGCCUGCUGGGAGCAGCACCUGGCCUCACGUCAGAUUGUACAAUACCACCAGCGGGCAGGUAGGGCACGGUUUGUGUGGUGCCGUUCCGUGGUUUGAGCGUUAAGAUCUUAAAAAGGUAAAGGGACCCCUGACCAUUAGGUCCAGUCGUAACCGACUCUGGGGUUGCGGCACUCAUCUCGCUCUAUAGGCUGAGGGAGCCGGCGUUUCUCCGCAGACAGCUUCCAGGUCAUGUGGCCAGCAUGACUAAACUGCUUCUUGCGCAAUGGGACACCAGAGCACAUGGAAACGCCGUUUACCUUCCCGCCGGAGUGGUACCUAUUUAUCUACUUGCACUCUGACGUGCUUUUGAACUGCUAGGUUGGUAGGAGCAGGGACUGAGCAAUGGGAGCUCACCCUGUCACGGGGAUUCGAACUGCCGACCUUCCGAUUGGCAAGUCCUAGGCUCUGUGGUUUAACCCACAGCACCACCCGCAUCCCUGUUAAGAUCUUACAACAACUAAAAAUCUCAGCCCAAUAUGGAUGUACAGCCCAGGUUCGCUAGCACCCUAUUUAACGGGCAAGGAGGAUCGAGUUCAGGGGUGGAGAACUGGGUCCUUUGCACAAACCACAAGCCCCUCUUUCCCCUUCCGAUUUCAGGACAUCGACGUCGGUGCAGAGCUGGUGCGGCUGGGCUACGCGGUGCAGUGCCUGCAGGAGGGAGACAGCGGGGCUGGAGAUGGACCCGAUCCGUUGGACAGAGGUGCCCAGCACAGAAGCCUGGUGAGUAAUGGGGUAAUGAUCUCCCUUGCAUUGAAUAGGUUGGGACAGUGGCUCUGGGCUGUGGGCCGGCUCCAAAUGCUGGGAAACAAGAUGGUAGUCCUCAUGAUUGCAGCCGAAAGCUUUGCUCUUGGGCUCCGUGCUCCAGGCAGGCUAGCAAGUGAGAAGAGCACAAGAUUCUAGUCCUUAGGAUGGCAGCUGAAACUCUUGCUUGAAACAGGGAGUGGGCAGGAUGUUGGGGGAGGUGCCGUUUCCUGCAUCCCAAAGUCUUUUCUCUCUCUCUCUCUUUUCUAAAAUUUAUUUAUUGGUUUUCACAUAUUAUAUUACAUUACAAUACAGAUGUACCAAAGCCAACACCAUUUCCUCAUCUCCCCAUACAUUUACAUUUCCUCAAUCCAUCAUAUUAUUCUUUUCUCCUUCCUCCCACUUCCCUCUGCCCCCACUCAAUGUCCUCCACAUUAUACAAUUUACAAUAAUCUUUGCAUUCUGCAGUCUUCUCAGAUCAUCUGUAUAUUCUUAUUAUCUUUCCUUACUAAUUUUUCUUCCAUCCAGUACAGUGGUGCCCCACAAGACGAAUGCCUCGCAAGACGAAAAACUCGCUAGACAAAAGGGUUUUGCGUUUUUUGAGUCGUUCCGCAAGACGAAUUUCCCUAUGGGCUUGCUUCGCAAGACAAAACGUCUUGCGAGUUCUUGCGAGUUUGUUUCCUUUUUCUUAAAGCCGCUAAGCCGUUAAUAGCCGCUAAGCCGCUAAUAGCCGUGCUUCGCAAGACGAAAAACCGUAAGACGAAGAGACUCGCGGAACGGAUUAAUUUCGUCUUGCGAGGCACCACUGUACUUCACAUUUUAAUCUAGGCAUAUUAGCCUAUACAGUGGUGCCCCGCAAGACGAAUGCCUCGCAAGACGGAAAACCUGCUAGACGAAAGGGUUUUCCGUUUUUGAGUUGCUUCGCAGGACGAAUUUCCCUAUGGGCUUGCUUUGCAAGACGAAAAUGUCUUGCGAGUCUUGAGAUUUUUUUUUGCUCCCCCCCCUUUUUCUAAGCCGCUAAUAGCCUUUUAGCAGCUAAGCCGAUAAGCCUUUAAUAGCCGCUAAACCGCUAAUAGCGCUAAUCCGCUAAGCCGCUAAUAGGGUUGCUUCGCAAGACGAAAAAACCGCUAGACGAAGACACUCGCGGAACGGGUUAAUUUCGUCUUGCGAGGCACCACUGUAUAUAUUUUUAGCAAUAUCUUGCCAUAUAUUCAUCAAAACAUUUCCACUCCUUUUUUUAAUUUUUGAUUCGACUAAUUUCUUAUUAGGGCAGUUAAUUUUGCCAAAAUUAAAUAUUCCUUUUGUUUACAAAUCCAUUCCUCCUUUGUGACUUCCACCUAUGCUGCAUCCCAGAGUCUUGGCUUUGUCCAUCCACGAUGGCCGUGCUCUGCCUUCACGUUCAGAGGCAGAAACCCUUCUGAAUACCAGUUGGUGGAGGGGGCAGAGGGUUCUUGCACUCUCGUUCUGCUCGCAAAGAGGCUUCUCAUCGGCCACUGUGAGAACAGGAUGCCGGACUCCUGAGCCAUUGGCCUUACCCAGCAGGCUGUUUUUAUGAGACGUUUUGACAUCGCAGGGGGUUGGCCUAGAUGGCCGUCUGGGUCCCUUCCGACUCUCCAAUUCCAUAUGGCUUUAUGAAUCUGGAAGAAGCACCAAACUCUGUAAGCCGUAUUUCCAGAGGGGAGAGAGGAAGAAGCUGCCAGGGCCAAACGUUUUCUCAUUCUGCAUGUGCCUUGACAGCCCUUGUUUCGGCCCCUAGGGAGACACGACGGGGGUGUCCCUGGAGAGUCUUCUCUCAGACACGCAGAAGACCCCCGACGAGAUGCCCCUCACUUUGUCUUGCCUCAGCCUUUCCGGUAAGCUCCUCUGUCCUACCACGUGGGUUUGUACACCAGUGUGCCCUGGUCACUUCCAAAAACAGGAACGCGAGGACACCGGAAGCUGCCUAAAACUGACUUCUGGGCGCUUGUUCUGUGAGUCCCAUACAGGCUUUCCAAGUACGCACACAGCUCCUUCAGUCCCUGCUUUUGCACUCAAGCCUCAUCACUUCCCAAACAAAACCGUUUUCAGCAGGUGCGGAAAAGAGCACAGUGAAGGUGCCUCAAUAGGCAGGGAGUUCCCAUGAUGGAUUCUUACAAACGUAGAGCGGGGGCUUUAUUUUAUUGACUAAAAAUAGCACCUUGAACCUGGCCAGGUAGCAAAUCAGCAACCGGUGUAUUCGCUACUGACAUUUAUAUCCAAGUUUCUCAAAAUGACAUUCAACGUUCUUCCUCUAUCCUUUUUAUUCCCACAACAAGGUAGGCUUGUCCGAGAGACAGUGACACCCAGCCAAAUUUCUAUCCCUAGUGGGGAUGUGAGCCCUGGCUUAACCCACUAACCGUUAAGCCACACUUCCAUUAUAUAUAAAUAAAUCACAGCACCAUAUCUUUUUUGGUCAUGGCCGAAUUUAGUAUGAACAUCUUUGGACGGUAGUUUUCCUAUCAAAUCUUCUGCACUAUGGGGAGAGUCAUUUAUAUUUUGCUCAGUAUUCAGCUCAAUAAUUGCGCUAAUGCAGGGGUCAGUGUGACUCCCCUUCCCCUCUCUCCCCAAAAAUGUGUGUCUCUUGUUGCCCCCAAAUCUGCUCCAGCAGUUUGGGGGGAACUCAGGACCGUUUAGGAAAGAGCAAGAACGUUCCUGGAACUAUUUUAUUAGUGCUGCAUUGAAUACAACCCCUUCUCUAUCCUGCACCUUGAAUAACUCCUGACACAGUGUAAAUGGAGUGUGUUUGGGGGGGGGGGGGUUUACAGAGGGAAUUAAAGCAAGAGACAGGCUUUGGCUGAUUCCCCUUAGAAAGUGUCCUGUCUCCAUCUUUGAGUCUUGGUAGCCCUUUGCGAAGGACGGCUGCUUCCGGUGCGUGUUUAACAGUGCCAGGUUCAAGGAGUUACUACUAGUGAAUAAAGCCCUUAACAACUCGGGACCAGUCUACCCACGAGAUAGCCUUACCCCAUGGGUGCCCUGGCAGAAUCGGCACUUCUACAAGUGUCAUCUACCACCCAUUCUGCCCUUGUAAGAACUCAACAUUUUAGCAGCAGCUGCACUUUGGAACUCCCUGCCAAUUGAGAAGUGAAGCACCUUUGCUGUACUCUUUUUUUGCCACCUGCUUAAAAACACGUGCGUUUAGACAAGCUCUUGUUUUUACUAUGUAUUUUGUGGGUUUUUUAUAUUGUAUUAUGUUGUGAACCGCCCUGAGAUCCACGGGUGUAGGGCAGUACGCAAGUUAUUAUUUUUUAUUAUUAUUUAUUGAAUUUAUAUACCGCCCUUUACCAGGGCAGUUCACAGAAUAAAACCAAGAUAGAAAGCCACAAAAUACAUAAAAAUAAAACCAGUAGGGCCCCCCCCAAUAUUUUAUACUUAUUUUAUGAAUAUUAAAAAUAAUAAGCAUACUGGGAAGUUGAUGCAAGUUUUAAUCUGUCUUUAAGUCUAUUUUUAAAAAAAGCUUUUCGGAAUUCUUAAGAUUGUUUCAUACCAGUAAUCUUUUUUUUUUUUUUGUAAACCGCAUUGAGGUUUUUUGCAACCAGGCAGUGUGUGUCUUUUUUGUGUGUGAAAUGAACUCAGCCCUUUUCAGAUGAGCCUGUUGAAGGACCUCAGGACGAGACGGAGCCCCCCCACUGCUUGGCAUCCACCCUGGAAGGUCUCCCCCCCUCGCUGGAGUCCCUGCAGCUCUCCCUCCCCUUUGCCACCCCCUCGGAGGAUUUCCCCUCCACCCCUCGCCCCUGUGAAACGGGGGGCGGCAGUGGCCGCUCCGAUUCGAACCCGCCUCCAGAAACGCCCGCUCAGGCAGAGGCGGCGAUGGAGUUGACCCCUCUGCCGGACGUUGAGCUGUGGGCGGCCAAAGCGGAUCAGGCGUCCACCCCCAGCAGUCUUGGCCAACCCGGAGAGGGGGCCUCGUCCCCCUGGCUCUCGAGCGAAGGCUCCCCCGGCGUGGAGGACCUGUCAAUCAGCCAGGCAGACAGCAGCACCUACUCUCCCCGGGGCUACUUCUACUACCUCUCCUCGUCCGGGGACACUUGCGAUUCCUCGGUCUUCUACUGCAAAGGGUCCCCCUCUCUCGACGACGAGUCUAGUGGCACGUCCUGCAGCCCCUCCAGCCCCGUUUCUGAAGGCAGCGGGAGGGAAGGUACGGUCCUCUGCGCUUGAAGCUGCACUCCUGGAGGUGUCGAAGGGGGAGCACUGCGCUUGAGCCGGGGGCCACUGGACGCACUGCCUGUCACACACGGGAUGCCAGCUUUGGUUGCCUUGAUCACCUCUGCUUUGGGACGGCGGUUGUGUUCUGGAGAGCUCUGGGGGUGGAGGGGAAACAUCCCUAGGUAGGAGACUGUGGGGCCCCCACCAGACCUCAAGUAUCAACCCUUUUAUUCAGAACCAUGAGGACUGGGACCUUAGGUAUUUGGGGGAAAGCUGCUACUUUUUAUGCGUAGAUUAAUCGACUUUCAUUUAAGUUGGUUGACCCCUGAAGGCUAAUGGGAGCCAUCGAGACUGGAAGUUGACACACGACCUCCUGUUAGGGUUCUUGCUCUGUGUUCGCAGUCAUGGGAUUGUUUUCUAUCACAUGAUGGUGUAUGUUUUCAUUCCACAGUGUGGGAAGUGACGGAGACGGGAUGUUUUGGUAUUACUGUGUUCUGUGAAGUGGGACUAUUUUCCUUUGUUCUUCUCUUUGCUGUCUGAUGAGAAAGAGGAAGGAGCUAAGGCAGAAUGCCUCAAGUGUGUUAUAUGUAAAUAAAGUAGAUUAGCCAAAAUGCUGAGUUGCUGAGGUAUGUCACGCAAGUUGUGAAGACUCUGUGGAUCCCUAAGUGUGCCGGUGUCUGUUGGAAUCGGUCGCUGUGAUGUUCGGGCUGAAGAAAGCUUUUGAAGCUCCCGAACGACGACCAGGAGGGAGAGAACAUGCCAGUCGGGCAUAUGUCUCUGCCAGGGUCCUACACGCGAGUAGCACGAUCCCAACACCUCCUUCAGGUUUUCCUGGAUCUACCGUACUCUGUGAAAGGGACCUUUCCGCAGGCUGUAGCUUUCUUUCAUGAUUUGCUGAGCUAUUGCCUUGUCCUCAGCAUCUUGGAAAAGCCGCCCGUUUUAUAUGUGAUCAGCUAAAAAUGACAAGCGUGGUUGCCUGCCCUCUUUGUUGCCCAUUGCAGCAGCACCCACUCAGACCUUUGGGGGCCGCUUUGCUGAAAGAUCUCCCAUCCUCUGGUAGCACUGGGCACAAUAAGACUUAACAGCACGGGUCUCCAAGUUGGUGGUUGUCGGGCUCAAAUCCCGGGUUUCAUCCUGUGCUUCUUGUGGGGUUUAACACACUCGCUUGAAGGGGCUUGCCCUCCUGGGGUACUUUCUGAGCACAUCUACACUCCCUGUGGUACACUGUCGCUGUUAACGGUAGCGCGAAACCCCCCAGCAAACCUUGUCCUAACACUCACUUUUUCCCAACCCCUCUGCAGAGGUUGCCUCCGUCUCGGAGGCCGGUGAGCUCCUUCCGUUGGACAGUGGCUCCUUGACCCCUUGAGCUGCGCAGGUGGGGAGCCCCGCUGUGAAGCCGGUGAGUUCCUGGGGUGCUGAGUCUCUGGGGGGCCCUUCCUGAGAGAGGAAGGAUUGUGAGUGAGCAAGAACCUCGGUGCCCAGUCGAUUGGCCUGAUCCAACAGGCUCUUCUCAAGUUCUCGUCUGCUCACUUUUGAGGGGCUUUAAAUUUGCACACUUAACAUUUCUGCGUACCUGGCAAGUCUCCCAAAUGUGGAGAAACCAUUUGGGGAGAAAUGGGCAGCUGCUGUGCUGGGAAAAGGCUUGGCACGAAGGCAGCCGAUUUGGUUAUUAGAAAGAAUGGGUGGCAGCUGUUUGUAAAUCACGGGGAAUUUGAUCUCUCCUUCUCUUGUCCCCACUUUUGCUUCCAGGUUUUCUGCCUGGAAUUGAGCAGCACAGGGAAUCAAUCACCUGUCCCUCCAGCUUCACUCAGUGA